AUGGAGGAAUACCUGUGGAUGGUUAUUGUCGGUUUUAUAAUUGCUUUUAUUUUGGCAUUCUCAGUUGGGGCAAAUGAUGUUGCCAAUUCUUUUGGUACUGCCGUGGGUUCUGGUGUGGUUACUUUGCGCCAGGCCUGCAUUCUUGCUUCAAUUUUUGAAACGACUGGCUCAGUGUUACUAGGAGCAAAAGUAGGCGAAACGAUUCGUAAAGGUAUCAUUGAUGUGAACCUAUACAACAGCACUGUGGAACUACUGAUGGCAGGAGAAGUCAGCGCAAUGGUUGGUGAGUAACUUUCGUUUUAUAUUCAAUGUCAGUUUCUUCAAGCAGUUUUGUGCUUUUCCAGUCCUGCUAAGAAAUGUGACCAAAGCCUUUUGACAAACAGUAAUACAACAGCUUGAGUCUUGGACGCUAAUAUUUCUGAAUGUGCAAAUUUGCCUUUCGCUAUUGUUAGGAACUGCCAGGGUUGAUGUAGAAUCUACCCUAUAUAGAUGUUUCACUGCUGAACUCUCAACCAUGCUUAAGAAUCUGGGACCUGGUGAUCCCUCUCAUCCCCUGUACAAAUUCCACCAGCUCCCCCCCCAUUGGUACCACAAAUGACUGAAGAUUAUCCUAACCAAGUUGAUCUUAAACAGAAUAUCAAAUGAGGGUUUAGAGAUAACUAAAAGAAUCUGGUUAGCGUUGGCUACAAAUAUAAUCAGUGCUUUCAUGGUGAGAGAGAACUUUCAUGCCCUUUGCUUCUUCUUUACAGUGGUGCCUCGCAAGACGAAAUUAAUCCGUUCUGCGAGUCUCUUCGUCUUGCGGUUUUUUCGUCUUGCGAAGCACGGCUAUUAGCGGCUAUUAGCGGCUUAGUGGCUUAGCGGCUUAGCGGCUUUAAGAAAAAGGAAACAAACUCGCAAGAACUCGCAAGACGUUUCGUCUUGUGAAGCAAGCCCAUAGGGAAAUUCGUCUUGCGGAACGACUCAAAAAAUGCAAAACCCUUUCAUCUAGCGAGUUUUUCGUCUUGCGAGGCAUUCGUCUUGCGGGGCACCACUGUAUUAACCAAGUUUAAAGAAUUGAGGAUACUAACAUCUGCUUCAGUUCUUAGUAAGGCUGCUAGCCUUUUAUUACUCCAGUAGAAAUAUACCAUGUGCAUUGUACUGCAUAUAACACCAAACUAUUAAAAUAAAUGCUUGUGUUUAUUUUGACAUGGGUGUUAAAAUUGUGUGCAAGAACAGAGAAAGAUGACACGAUUGUGCAGUUUUAAAAAGGAUGAUCUUAAUAGGAUGACAGAACAGGUUUUUUGGUAGCGCCUCCCCCCCCCCCCCCAAUCCAAAAUAAAGCUCAGGAGCAAAAGAAUUUCCAUAGCUUGUGGUUUCACUGGCUAAUGCCACUUUGGAGAUAUGUGAUGUUCCAACAAAAUACAUGAAGGGAAAGAGUGAAGAAUAGAAGGAGUUGGAUAAGUCUAACCAUCACUUCUCUGGGCUGGCUAAAAAUAAAUUAAUGGCUCCCACUUCCACAGAAAAAAAAAAUCUCAUCUGCUCUGAAAAAAUAAGAUGAUUGAUCAGUGUGCUGCAGCGUCAUUUGCUCUUCUUUAAACUUCUAGCUGUUUCGUUUGCAUUUAUAACCAGACAGUAUGGCAAGUUUCAGGGACGCGGGUGGCGCUGUGGGUAAAACCUCAGCGCCUAGGAUUUGCCGAUCGCAUGGUCGGCGGUUCGAAUCCCCGCGGCGGGGUGAGCUCCCGUUGCUCGGUCCCAGCGCCUGCCAACCUAGCAGUUCGAAAGCACCCCCGGGUGCAAGUAGAUAAAUCGGGACCGCUCCGACGGGAAGGUAAAUGGCGUUUCCGUGCGCUGCUCUGGUUCGCCAUAAGCGGCUUAGUCAUGCUGGCCACAUGACCCGGAAACUGUACGCCGGUUCCCUCGGCCAGUAAAGCGAGAUGAGCGCACAACCCCAGAGUCGGCUAUGACUGGACCUAAUGGUCAGGGGUCCCUUUACCUUUACCUUUUUAACCACCCCUUACAGGGACGCGGGUGGCACUGUGGGUUAAACCACAGAGCCUAGGGCUUGUUAAUGAGAAGGUCGGCGGUUCGAAUCGCCGCGACAGGGUGAGCUCCCGUUGCUCGGUCCCAACGCCUGCCAACCUAGCAGUUCGAAAGCACCCCCGGGUGCAAGUAGAUAAAUAGGGACUGCUUACCAGCGGGAAGGUAAACAGUGUUUCCGUGUGCUGCGCUGGCUCGCCAGAUGCAGCUUGUCACGCUGGCCACGUGACCCGGAAGUGUCUGCGGACAGCGCUGGCUCCCAGCCUCUAGAGUGAGAUGAGCGCACAACCCUAGAGUCUGUCAAGACUGGCCCGUAUGGGCAGGGGUACCUUUACCUUUACCUUUUUAUGGCAAGUUUGUAUGUUAAUUAUGCACACUUGAUUGAAAAGUCCAUUAGAGCCAGUGUGGUGUAGUGGUUAAGAGUGGUAGUCUUGUAAUCUGGGGAACCGGGUUCGCGUCUCCGCUCCUCCACAUGCAGCUGCUGGGUGACCUUGGGCUAGUCACAUUUCUUUGAAGUCUCUCAGCCCCACUCACCUCACAGAGUGUUUGUUGUGGGGGAGGAAGGGAAAGGAGAAUGUUAGCCGCUUUGAGACUCCUUAAAGGGAGUGAAAGGCGGGAUAUCAAAUCCAAACUCUUCUUCUUCUUCUAGAUCCUACUCUUUGUCCCUGGGAUCUAGUGUCAGUUCUUGUAUACACUCUAGAAAUCAAAGGCCUAACUAAUAUCGGAUGAUCAUAUACCAGCUUAUUAAGCCGAGAUAUGUGGGUCUUUUGCCCACACAGGUAGCCCCUUUGCUCAAACUAUAGAAAAACCAAGAAGCUUCUGUUAUCUAUAGUUUGCUGUUUUGUCUGAAAUGAGAAUCUUUGUGUUACUAGUUUCAGAACACGUCAAGAUAAACCACUGUUUGAAGUUGGUUUUACUAUCCUGGCUUGUUCUGAAGCUGGGACCCAUAUUUUCCCAGUUCAGAUGAAAUGAGGAGCUAUUGCUACUAAAAGACUUGUGCACAUUUCUGCUUAGGAAGCUGAAGUAAUAUUCAUCUGAACUGGCUCAUUGGUUUGCAUAUGUAAAUCCUUAUCAGGAUUGGCUCCCACUGUGUCUGGGAUCACAGUUUCACUGGUUAUUAGGAUGUUCUCACCCUCCCUUCUCCUGCUAGUCAGAUGUCACAUCCUCUUGACUCCUUGCUGUGCGCAGAGAAUGCCAAAAUGAACACCGGGAUAUAGUUUUUGAGAGCUGCUGUCACGCGGGAUGAUACGCUUUCUGUCUCUCAAACUGCAAGCCCUAGAUUCUUCAGUACAAGUGCAUUUUUUCUCUUCCUGUUUAUAGAGAAGACCUUGUGCUGGCAGCUAACUGUCAAUAUUGCUUGCUCUGCUUCUGAUUGGCUCCAACAAAUCUCACAAGAUUAUGGACACCUGACAUAGAUGCAGGGAAAUAAUAUUGCCUAAGCCUUCCAGAGUGGCUGGGGCAGCUCAGUCAGAUGGGUGGGGUACAAGUAAUAAAUUAUUAUCAUCAUCAUCAUCAUCAUCAUCAUCAUUAUUAUUGAAAAAGAGGUGCCAAAACUCACCAUGAAUGCCUCUCUUGUUCUUUUAUAAUGGCAGUGGCGCCCACCUGAGAGCUGAGUUCUGACUGAAAACAAGCCCUGGCUACACCACACUCAAUAGCACAUGCACAUAAUAACUAGUGAAACUGUGAUCCUGGGCAGUGUGGAUGGAGGUCCUGGACUGCCCAGACAACAAGACCCCCCUCUCAGCCUUGCUGAUGUGGUCCAAAGGAAAGCAGAGCAAUACGUUUGACACCUGCUUGGCUGCAGGAGUUGUCGGAAUGAGGCGUACAACGUGCCAUCCAACUAUCUUAGGGACUCCACACCUGAUUGGUGUAGGGUUUACUCCUUAGCCUUUUCUUCUCCUGAAGAUAUCCCACAAGGCAGCGGAGGUUGAGGAUCAGAUUUUUCCUUCUCCUAGAUGGGCUCUUAGGUUGACGAGCCCCAUCUGCCCCUCACUUCCCUCUACAGCAUGUUCAGAAACCACCUUCUUGACCUUUGGGCCUGCUAUUGGUCUUGUCCGCUCAAUCCACUGGAGCCUGUCUUUGCAUGCAGGGGAAGUCCCUAACUCACCAAGGGUUUAAGACCCAUCAGCUAUCCUCACCUGGCUUGCUGGCCAGUUGAAGCCAUCCCCAGGGUGUGGCCACAUACUGACAGCUUCUAAGAGCCACAGGUGAGAGGUGAGUGCAGGGUGCGGACCAAAGCGGGACAAACUACCCCAGAAGGAUCACAAUGUGUCCCUCACCUGAGGGUACCAACCCAUGCCAGAAAAACUUGAAGUGUCGUUUUCGGGAAAGUGAGUUUCUGCCCUGUUGUUCAGAUUCCCUUUCCCUGCACUUUCCAUUGGGGGAAUCCUGCACAUUUUACUGGUAGGCUGAGGGGGCAGGGCAUAUGACCACACCAUUUUCUGUCCCCUGUCAGUAUCAGGUUGAUUGUGUCUCCCACUCCGUGAUCCAUGUGCAAAGCUUCUCCCCUCAAUGAGCCUCUUUUGCACUCUUCUCCAGCUUCACCGUUCCCCUGGAACUUGGCAGAAGUAGCUUUAAGAGCCUUUGCAACUGCAGUCUCCAGCCCUGACCCUACAAAUAUGUUCCAAAUACCACCCAGUUGGCCAGAUUCUGCAGAUUUUCAAGGAUCAAGUUUUGUUUUGUGAGCUGGUUAGGUAGAAACGCUGGAAUGGAUUUUUGUGUGGUGUUGAAAACAAAUAAAAAACCAAAAAACCAAAUUCCUAGACUGAGUACGGGUGCAUAAGCACCACAUUCCUCCAUCCUAAGUGUGUAGCAAGAAAACAGGGUGGAGUGGGUGGAGAAAGAAUUGUGAACAAAAAUUGCAUAGUUUCUAAGAAAGUUGAAAGGGGCUGUGUCUAGUUUCAACACAGAAUUUUGGGGCUUGUGUGUGCGCAAGAUGUACAGUCACCUACUAGUCCUAGCCCUUAAUUUCAAACGUGAGCGGCUGUUGGAGACUGCAGUUUCUCAUUAAUACUUGGAGGAAAAUGCAAUCUGCACAUGCUCAGAGCCUGAGUUCAGCUCAUUUCUGAUGGUCACCUCUUGGUCACCAUAGGCAACCAAAUGAGUAAUUACUUACUUAUUUUCUCUACUUUUAAAAAAAUAACUAGAUAAUCCUGAUAUUUUAUUAGGAUUGGAGUACAGGAGAUCCAACCAGUCAGACAUUGUUGUUUGGCCACUUUGUUGAGUAUGACCUGGUUCUCACAUCCCUGUAUUGGGAAGUUUUUAACGUUUGAUGUUUUGUUGUGUUUUUAUUAUGGUGGAGUAACUGGGGCAAUCCAGUCAGAUGGGUUAGCUGUAAGUAAUUUAUUACUGUAUUAUUAUUAUUAAGCAUGCUGGUGGUGCACACUGUUGAAAUUGUGGGCACUUUGCUCUAUUCGUCCUGCUGCUGCGCUGCUAAUAAUAAAGUAAUGGUAUGACUUGUGCUGUCUGAACCUGAUACGUUUCUCUCCAAAUAAACCACAAAGAACAAAUCCUGACUUACGCUCCAGGUUUGAAGGAAAAUGAACUAUGAGAUUGAGUUUGGGUUACAUAACAAGCUAGACUAUAGCUUUUUUACAUUAAACCACAGUUUAUUUUAACUAUGGCUUAUUGUGAUGUACGAACCAGGUCUAUGUGUAGAUUUGGUCUCAGAUAUUCUGUGAAUACAAAAAUGCUCCUUUUCAUUGUUUCAGAACCUUGUAAAAGGCAAUGAGUGCACACAUGCAGAUAUAUUCUGCCCCCCCCCCGCACUACAAUGAUCAUUCAAAUGCCCAACACAAGCAUCUCUAACUGGAAAUACAGAGGAGUCUGAAUGUCAGAGGCAUGCAGUUUGUUUAUGGUUGAAAUAUUGAAUAAUAUUGGAAACACUUUCUGUCAUUCUGGCCAGGUGACAAUUUAAGGUGCACUUGGGUUUGUCAUUGUCCUGUUCUCGUGAAGAGAACUGCCCAUCUCAUCUCAAGGCAGCAUGUGGAUUAUUUGAAAGAAAGGCAGAGCUGAGUCAAUGUUGCAUAGCUGAGCACAAGCAAAUCUGCACUCAUAACAGCAGUAAAUAUUUUCUACCUAGUUUCAGCUUCGCUGCAUGUAUGAGAUCCACAAUUUUUUAGCGCCUGAUUCAUUGAAGAAUCUAAGAUCUGUGGCUUCCAAGGGGAACUUUUAAACCAGUCCAUCCAUGUGUCUCCCUUUUGGAAUGCAUUCCUCUUGUAGGGCUCAGGGUUGCUUAGUUAGGCUAUUCUUAGCCUAAAACAAGUCAAUCAGAGGCCUAAAUUACGCAGCAGGUGGCUUCACUUUGUGGCUUGGAAGGUAGGCCUCAGCUAGGAAUAGAAAAGUCAGCAGUUUACGAAUGGAGCGCCAGGAAAGAAUUAGUUUUAUUCAUUGGCUUCCUAAAGGAAGUUGUAUGUGGUGCUAAUGGCUGGCUCUUAAAAGCAGAAUAGAUAGGUUCUUCUGGAAGGGAAAUUGGGUAAGAGCUUUACCGCUUAUAAAGUAAUAAAUCUUGCUCUGCGCUGUACAUGUAAUGGCAGCUUGCACUGUGCCGCUUUGUGGAGAAUUAAUUUGGCAAGCCUCAGCGGGAACUUCAUUAGGAACCGGACGCUGAGGGCCUCACACUUUGAAGCUGGCACCUACGUCUUCAGGUGCUUGACAGUCCUGCCUGGUCUGUUAAAGCACAACUUCAGCUUCAGCUUCCCAUACAUAUAUUUUAGCUUGCCUAGCGCUUGACAAACCUCCUGUUCCUACACUCCUGGGCAUGCAGCAAACAAGAGCUUCACCAUUCUAGCUGGUGGGCUGUGUUCAUCUUGGUAGGUCAUAAACUGUGAGGGGUUUUUUAUCAUUUGCAUCUACUAUUAUUAAUGUCUGAGGGGCAUGUGGCAAAAUUAAAGGGUAAAGGGGACCCCUGACCAUUAGGUCCAGUCGUGACCGACUCUGGGGUUGCGGCGCUCAUCUCGCUUUAUUGGCCGGGGGAGCCGGUGUUUGUCUGCAGACAGCUUCCGGGUCAUGUGGCCAGCAUGACUAAGCUGCUUCUGGCGAACCAGAGCAGCGCACGGAAAGGCCGUUUACCUUCCCGCCAGAUCGGUACCUAUUUAUCUACUUGCACUUUGAUGUGCUUUCGAACUGCUAGGUUGGCAGGAGUGGCAAGAUUGGGGUGUGUAUAUUUUUCAAUAUAUUGUGGCAUUCUAUGAUUUUUGGGGGGUGGGGGUGCUAUAGAUCAUAAAUUAUAUCUUGUAAAAAUACAAUCUCCCAGGAAGCUAACAUCUGGACCAAUAUCCUCUUGUUUAAAGAGCACGACUCCAGCAUACCUUCGUGCCCUUUUAACAGACUGGUAAAUUUUCCACUCCAGGUUUUAUGCACUCUGAUGCUCUUGACAGGGAUGAUGCAGAGCUAGUACUGAGAGGAAUGGAUAAAUCUUACUAAUAAAGCAGUUUUCCUGGCUAAAUUUCUGAAAAGUUCAGUUAUAUAGUCCGAAUUAUUAACAUCUCUCCAGCUAAAGGUACUUUGGUGCCAAAGGAGAACUUGACACAUUAAAAAAAGCCCCCCAAAACUUUGGUUUGAAUCUAAUGGGGAAUAUAAAUUUUGUGUUCUUUUAAAAAUUAAAUAGCAAGUGAAAAUAUAAAAUUACAUGAAAUCGUUUUCCAUUUUCUUUGUCUGUGCAUAUUUUCAAAACAGAACAAAUAAAGAUUGUUAAGAUUUUAGACGGCUGUUGGCAACUUCACCAGUUUUGAUAGCUUGCUCUUUUUCUAAAGGACUUGUGCGUAUUCCUUCACUUGCAAGACUAUCCAGGCACCUUAGAAUUCUACUAGUCCAGGUUUCUAAAUUGCUAUUCCUUGUCCUGUUUUGGAGAUUGAAAGCUUAGAAUGUAGUGAAGAGGAGGUGAAUGGAUAGGCUGCAAAUGACAGUGUAGCAAAAAAACCAUUAUUCUACUGCAGUACUGGGCUAACAUGCGUUAAAUAGGGCAGAGGUUCAUUAAGGCAAAAGGUUCAUUGUGGCCUUUAUGCAGUUUAAAUCUAUUAGGAAUACGAUUUGUAGUGCAAAAUAAAUAGAAGCAGUGUUGGAGAAAGCUUGUACUUGAGCUCUGUAAUCCUUUCCAGAAAUGUUUUGUGUCCGUCUACGAGCAAAAAUAUGCCGAAAGGCUGGGUUGGUGUUCCCUCAAACAAGAAUGCUAACAUAACUGUUUGGCCAUUAAUGUUUAUACUAAUUAUUUUGUCCCCGUUUUAACUUUUAGGCUCUGCUGUUUGGCAGCUGAUAGCAUCGUUCUUGAAGCUCCCGAUCUCUGGAACUCACUGCAUUGUCGGUGCCACUAUUGGAUUCUCAUUAGUUGCAAUCGGCACAAAAGGAGUUCAAUGGAUGGAGCUUGUCAAGAUUGGUAAUUGACAUUUCCUUUUAUUUGUGAAGGUUUGUGUACAAACAUGCAUUGACUGAAACUGGCAUUAUAGAAACACGAUCGUACAAUUUUGCUAUACUUUUGUUUGGGAACUAUAGCCAAAUGAUUUUGCAAAGCUUAGUUUGAUAUCCUGGUUUGGAGGGCUUCCUGGCCAGUGUAAUUGGCCAGUUUGGACAUAAUAGCAAAUUACCGUAUUUUUUUCUCUGUAAGACUCACUUUUUCUCUCCUAAAAAGUAAGGGGAAAUGUGUGUGCAUCUUAUGGAGCGAAUGCAGGCUGUGCAGCUAUCCCAGAAGCCAGUACAGCAAGAGGGAUUGCUGCUUUCACUGAGCAGCGAUCCCUCUUGCUGUUCCGGCUUCUGAGAUUCAGAAUAUUUUUUUUCUUGUUUUCUUCCUCCAAAAACUAGGUGCGUCUUGUGGUCUGGUGCAUCUUAUAGAGCGAAAAAUACGGUACAAUUUUAUUAGAUCCAGAAUAAACGUAUUAGGGAAAGAGGUUGAGCUCAUGGCAGUCUCUGUUUCUGUAGUAUGAUGACAUUCUUUCACAACAAAGGGUUGGGCAUGACAAAAGAAAAAAGAAAAAAAGUUUUAUCUCUGGAAAUGACAAACACUAUCUCACAUGUCCUGGGUAUGACUUCUAGAGCAGAUUUGGAGAUCUCCCCUGAUUCUUCCCAUUCCUGUAAUCCUAGUUAACCCUAAUUCAGAUGCCUGAAGUAGAAUCCCUCUUCAAGUCAUGGUUUUACAGCAUAGUUUCAAGCAGUCCUGAUACCACAGUAUCUGAACUGAGGUUAAUUAUGGUUAAACCUUAUCAUAUCACAGAAGGGAGGAAGAAGCAUGCAAGUGCCCCAAAGUCCAUUUUGGAAAUCAGGUUCCGUGAAGUCUGAACUGAGCUCAUGUGCACUUUAAAUACUGACAUGGAGAGAGAUAGCAGAGCUGUUAUGGCUGCUUUCCUGGGACCACUGGAAGUCAAGCUCUGGUUUCACGUCUGUUUUAUUUCUCGGUUUUUAAAUCCAUGCCAAAGUUAUGUGAGAAUUGAUAGCUUUACAUUUCUAAUUAAAGUGAUCACAGUUAAUAUUUCAAAGCUUAAUGUGCUGUGCAUGCUUGUUGGGGACAUGCACAUUUCUUAAGCCCUCCAGAGCUGCAAGCCAUCUGACCUAAAGUAGAAUUUCUUUAUUUUUAAUUCAGUGUAUUUGUGCUGAAAAAUAGCACAAAUUUAAAUGACAUCUGAAGCUGUGGUGUUCCAAAGUACUCUGUGUUGGUGUUAGACCAUCAUUAGAGGCAUAACCAUGGGUUUUCCUGCUGUGUUCAGUAGAAUGUUCUUUGUAUUUUAAAAGACAUAUAGGACAGGCAUGAGAGCAAUCAUUCUUAAAAACUUGAGUUUUUCUUACGAAUUAAAAUUUUGUAACUCCCUUGUGUAGUUUGGGACUUGCAAAAAUGCUCAAUUCUCUCUUAAAUGCCAAUGUUAUCUAUAGAGUAUCCAGUACUGAGUUGAAUGAUUUUUCUAUCAUCACUGUCUCGUUUCUAUAGAUUUUUAUUUUUCAAAUAAUGGGUGAGUGGGUGAGGAGAUGCAAUUUUUACGUUCACUUUAACAGCUGGUAAGCCUUUCAGGGAAAAAUAUGCUAAAUAUCCAGCUAAAAAUAUUCCAUUCUCAUGCAAUUUCGCACAAAACACAUUGAAAUCAAUGAGACUUAAACAUGCCUAAUCUCAGGAGGACUGUGAGUUGGCGCACACUUUUUUCUUCUAACCUGUAAGCCAACUUUUUUGCAGUAUCCAGGAUCAAUAAAAAAUAAACGUGCAUUGUCAAAAGCUUAUAAUAUUUUUAUUGGAUAGGAUUUUAGCACAGUUGUAAAUUAUAUAUUUUCAGUUUUUUCUUCUUGUUUUGCUUUUAUUCAGUUGCUUCUUGGUUUAUCUCCCCAUUGUUAUCUGGUAUGAUGUCUGGUGUGCUGUUUCUGCUGAUUAGAUUCUUCAUCUUAAAUAAGGUUAGUGGCGAAAUUUGUGCUUCCUGUUUUUGUUGCCGGUAAGACUGUAAUGUAAGUGACAAAUAGGCUUUGCUGUUCUUCACCGCCAGCUACCCACCACAUACUCAAAAUGCACUCCAGAGGCUGUCAUAUGCCCUAUUCCCUUAGUAAUCUCAGUGCCUGUAGAUUUUCUUUAAAGUCUGCAGAAGGUACAUUUACUUAUUCAAGUUUCAAAGUUCAUGAAUGCUAAGUUCAUCUUGAAAUGGCUUGAUAUUCAUACAAGUUGUGAGUUCCUACGGUUCCAUUGGGUUCUAGUGUUCCACCAAAAAUGGAAGUCAAGGUGUUAGUGUGUAAAUGAGGCUGGAUUUUUACUAAUGGUUCUUAUUGGGUUAUGAGGAUCAAAGUAAACAGGCUGCGGUGUGGUACACAGGUGAUAGGCGGCAAAACCUGCCCCAGGCAGUGGAGUCGCCCCAAGGAGAUUUAGCCCUCAUUUUAUUUUGUUCCCCAUUUUAUUUACUCCCAUGUAAUCAAAUCACUCUGUUCACUUAUUUCAGGGAACAGUAAAGGGUUUUUUUUGUGGGGGCAGAACCCAUUUGCUACCCCAAUAUUGCUUCAGCCUCCACUAAGUGGUACUGUUUGUGAUGUGUCACUGUGCACAGAGAUGCAUUCCUACACAUAACAUGCAUCUUCCCAGUAAACGGGCCCACCCCCCCAUACAUCACCUGCCACAGUCACUAGCAUUUUCUAAUGUCAUUGUUUUUGGGUUUUUCCCGAUUUUUUUUUUAUUGCUUUUCAACAUUUAUCACAAAAUAACAUGGCAAAUUAAAGGGACGCGGGUGGCACUGUGGGUAAAACCUCAGCGCCUAGGACUUGCCGAUCGCAUGGUCGGCGGUUCGAAUCCCUGCGGCGGGGUGAGCUCCCAUCGUUCGGUCCUAGCUCCUGCCCACCUAGCAGUUCGAAAGCACCCUUAAGUGCAAGUAGAUAAAUAGGUACCGCUUUAUAGCGGGAAGGUAAACGGCCUUCCCGUGUGCUGCUCUGGUUCGCCACGUGACCCGGAAGUGUCUGCGGACAGCGCUGGCUCCCGGCCUCUUAAGCGAGAUGAGCGCACAGCCCUAGAGUCUGUCAAGACUGGCCCGUACGGGCAGGGGUACCUUUACCUUUACCUAACAUGACAAAUUACACAACAAAGAAAAAACACACACACCACGCUAUAAUAAACUAAACACACAAGAAAAAAAGAUUGUCUCUUCAAAUAUCCAACUUUCAUCACAUUGAUGACUGACUUCCUUGAAUUCCCUCUAACUGAAUUUCAUUAUAUCACCUUUAUAACAGUUCUCCAAGUUCAUAUUUCUAAUAAUAUUAACUCCUCUCAUUUACUAACCUCUUUUCCUUUAUUAAUAUUCUAAUCCAUAAUAUUUACUACCACGUAUCCUUAUUCUACCCCUAAGCCUAUUUGUCACUUCCAAGGAUUUUCUAUUUAUCUAAUGUCAUUGUUAAAAUGGGUUUUGAGAUGGCUGCCCCGUUGUUUUGCCUUUUGAAAUUUAAAUUGUUCAGCGGCAGUAAAGACACCCAGGACACAGUUUUAAUCAGAUACACCAUUUGUUCAAAGAGCAAAAUUAUUUUUGCCGUAAGUUUAGUAAAUGGUUAAAAUAUUGAGCUCCCAUCGUGUAAGGUUCUCAGGAAAGAUGCAGACAUUUUGUAAAGCCCUAAAGGGACUCAAAUCAGUCAUGAGGUUUCAGUAGCCUGUGUUAAGGACAUCGGCACUCAAGUGAUAAAUUCAUGGGUUCUAAUUAUGGAAUUUGAAUUUGCCUGAAAGCCAAUGGCGUUUUGAAAUUAGAGAGUGACAUGCAUAAGUCAAACUGACAGUAGGUUGCAUGUCUGGCCCUCUUCUGGACUAGAUCUGUCCCCAGAAGCAAAUGUAUGGGAGGAGAGCUGAAAGAAAACACAUCAUUUUGCUUCUUACUCCCACUGAUCAUGAGUUGCCAUUUCUCACUUUCCCAGUUCCUUUUUUCUUAUUUUAAUAUUGUAGAGAGCUAACAAGGACUCUGGAAUAACUCUAAAACUGAAACGUAAUACACAGCUACAAGCUGUAGAGGAUAACUAAUAUAUGCCACUGUUUGUGCACGGCUUCUCUCUGUUGACUAAAUAAAGAAAAGUUUAUCAACUGCACCUACAGUUCAGAGUCUGAAACCGUUCUAUUUGUUGCUGAGUUGCUUUAGGUGUGGGCAUCUGUCUAGCAGCGUUGAAGCAUCCAGAGAUCAGUGUGUGCUUUCAGCACUGAAAUGCAACCCAUUUUAGUGGAACACUGCUACAAUACCUGUAAAACAUUCCUCUCCCCUUUCAAAUUGCCAAAGCUUCAGAAUAAGAGGCUGUGAAACUGUAAACAGAAAUUAUCCACUCAGUAAAUCAAAACAAAGGAUUGCAACCUCUUUCUGUAACCCUGAUCUGAUUGCUUGUGAUAUCCACAACUUUGAUGUCCUGUAACAUUUUUUGUCAAUAGCUACUUAUACCCACACAAAGUCCCUAUUCCAAAAAGUUGCUUCCAACCUUUAGAAAUGCCGGUGAAAAUCUUACUAUAUUACUAGAAGCUGUGCCACAUUCUCUGCAUUUGCCAGCUCCCCUGUCACUUUUUCUCGCUCUGCUCAAACCUCUGCCAUUGUUUAAAAUCACUACCCCCAAUUUCCUUUGUUCAAACUUCUGCAGUUGUUUAAAAACCUGUCCUCUCUUUUGCUCUCUGCCAUCAUGACUUCAUUCAAAUUGAGGGUUGUGAUGAUAACAGGCAUCACCCCACUCAUGCACGAUCAUGUAUGUCCACGAUGCUGGGAAACAACCAGCCAAACAAAUAAAUAAAUUCAAACCAAGAAACGACGGGAGAGGCCUCGUGGCUCGCAAGGAGACCCUCUCCAGAGCCCAAAGAGGAUUUCCGUGAGGGCGGAGGCAGUCCCAAAGAGACUGGAGGCGCAGCAGGGCUUUUGUUUCCACUGCUCAGCCUCCCCGCCUAGCAGCUGACACGUGCGGUAGCGCAGCAGCAGUGGCUGCUUUUCUGCACAUUCUUCAGACUCCAGGUGGCUCUGGAUCUUCAAUUCUAGUUGAAGUGAAAGUUGUGUAGAGAGAGAGAGCUGAAGAGUAGGAAGAGGCUUUUAAGAGGGUGCUUCCCACUUACGCAAUUUCUACUUACGCGCACGGGGCCCUGGAACGUAACCCCCACAUAAGUGGGGCGGGGGACGCCUGUACACCACAAACCCUCCAGUGAAGGCUGAUUGUUGAUAGCCUUGCAUUUUCAUGUAUAUAGGGAGGCAACAUUAAGUGUUUAUUUCAAAGCCCCUCGAGGUUUAAAGUUUCAGUGCAAUUAAUUUUUAAAUGGAGACUUCAUAUGGUGGACAGAUCCAGUAUUCAGUGACUGUGCUCACCCAUGAGGAGCUAAACAACGUUUUCUCCCAUGGUUCAUUUCAUUGGAACCUGUGGUUAAUCUUAACUGCGGCUGGAAUGAAACAAGCCAACUUCAAUUGGAAUAAAAAAUACGUCUCUUUUAGGAGCACAGGGAACCACUAUACUGAGUCAGACCAUUAGGUAUUGAACCUGAUACGUUCUUCAUGCAAACAGAUACUCUGCCAAUGAGCUUAUGGUCCUUCCCUUAGGGCUAUUUUGCUUGCUUGCUUGCUUGAACUUCCAGUUAAACAAAUUCAUUAAAAAGAGAGGUGGUUUCCUGGCAGCCUGUGUUUUUACCAUCAAACCUGGAGGAAAGCAAGGGAUAGCAUGGUGCAUGUAGGGAUACUGAAAUUUCUUGGAGACCAGCCCCGGAGAAGCAUUUAUUCUUUGUGGUUCCACUCCUCCCAGCAAUUACUGCAUAAGGACAGUGAACAUAGAUUUCUGUUUUGCCGUGAUACUGAUAUGUAGUUUGGCAGCCUGCCUCCGGCUCUAAUCAAAACACUCCCUUGCUUAUGAGGCAAGGAAGGGUAAAGCUCGUAGACCUCCUGAUAAUUUCCCUUUCCUGCCAAUUCUCCCUAGGGAGGCAAAGUGCUUUAAUCUUUCUAUCUCCUAAUAAGAUAAUUUUCUACACUCCUAAAACUGUGUGCGUCUCUGAAUGGGCAAGCCAGUGAGAGGGAAUGACAGACUAGGGAACAGAACAGACUCAUAAGGGAUAUAACUCAGACUGUCAGAUCCUGUCUGCCUAGAAAUCUGUCUGCCUAGAAAUCUAGUACAACCAUUUUCACAAUUGUUUCUUACUCAUGGAAAUAGGGGCCCUGUCCAGCAACAGGGUGACAGUUGUGUUUCUGUGUGUCUGUGACAAUAUUUGUUUGGGCGUUGUUGCCUCUUACAGUGCGGACAACAGAACCAGCUGAAGGUGCCUCUUACAGUUUUAACUCAUCCAGACGUUUGCUGUUGUCUGUCCUUAUUUUUUAAUCUGGGGCUGAUUCCAGAAUUCAGAAGCCACAUUUUUCUUUUUUGCUUUGUGACAUAUUUGGGUAAUAAAGGCUGGAUUUUUGCUAGCAAAUAAAUAUUCAGGGCCUCCUCAUUUGGAGUGAGUUGAAUUUUUUGACUGGCUGUAUCUAAUGCAGUAUCUCCAAAGCUGUGAUAUUUUAUCUUCUUUUAUUCUUUAUACAGGAAGACCCUGUGCCCAAUGGUCUUCGAGCCCUUCCAGUCUUCUACGCUGCUACAAUAACAAUUAAUGUAUUCUCUAUAAUGUAUACAGGUGCCCCUGGUGAGUAUUAUUUGACUUACGAUGUCCACUAUGUUACAUGCCGGCUGUAGUCAAACACUCUAUGAAGAAGAACAAAGGCUUCAAAAAUUACCAAAUGUAAUAAUUCAUAGGGAAAUUUUGGGACUUCUGAAUAUCAUUCUGGAUGCUGGAUGAUUGGUAAAGGACAAAAAGAGUUGAUAAAUGUUACAACUGACAAGGCUGGUUUUGCUUUCCGUAAAAGAAGGAACACAUUCAGACAGCAGUUCCUGGAAAAGCAAGACAAACUAGCGUGUUUUCACCUAAGCCAUUGUAGAUCUGUGAGGGCCACUUUGCACAUCAUGUGUUUGCUGCGCAGGAUUUACCACCAAGAGUAAAACCCACAUGGAUUCACAGCCAGCCACAGUCUCUUGACAAGUGUGCUUGCAUGAUGUGCAUGUUUCAAGACACAUAUUUGUAGCACUUGAUAUGCCACUUAAAAAACCUUAGGCACAUACCAAAGUUUAAUGUCCAAAGUUGCUCUGAUUUUGUUUCUGUCGAAAGCUGAAACUUCCAUGUUCUAAAUAUGCACAUUUGCUAAUAAAGGGUAGCUGAAUAAAAUGCAUCCUCCUUACUUUUUAUUUUUUGUGAUCAGUAGAACCAGGCAACACACCACUGUCCUGUAUUAUGUUGAACUUGUAAAGUGGCACAAGCUGUUAUUGCUUUAGUUUUACGGUUAACACCAGAUGCAGUUUAGUAGCAAUAGCAGAUUGUACCAAUCUGAUGCACAGUGCUCUGCCCAUGUGUUUAUAAUAUUACCAGUCUCUUGAGCAAGGAGCAUGUGUGUCCAUGUGUCCUGAGUUACAGAGGAAAUGACUUGGAUUUAAAAUCUUGUGCUUUUACCACCAUGUCAUUUAUUUUUUUGAUUUUAUUGGUGUGUUAAAAAUAGGCAGCUGUACCAGAUCAGUUGUAUGUAGAGUGACAAAAGAUAUGGGCAGCUGCCAUUCCCAAUGAAAUGAAAGUACUGACUCGAUUUCAACAUAUUAUGUAUCAGAUUCAAGGAAAGGAGCUGUGCUUAACAAUUGCUGGUUUGUAUAUCAUGGAUGAAGUACUGUGAGGACUCCAAUGACAAAAGCACCAGAAAUUAUGCCCGUGGCUUUGGACUCCCAUGCUGUUUUUACCAAUUAAAACCACAUUACAUCUCCUGUCAAUUGACAGUGCUGGCUUGCAUGACCUGUGUACAGAAUUGGGCCUGUAGGUAUUUAAGAGUAUGCAUGCUAUGACGGAAGGCAGAUAAUUAUACAUGCAGCAGUAUGGCAAAUUCAGUGGCCCAUGUUGGAGUCAUAGCUGGUGAGCAAUCAUCAUGAGCUCUAUGUGGAAAUUCUUUAAAAAAAACUGCCACAGAGUAUAAUAGAUGUUUUCUUGGUGUAGAGGUCAAGCCAAAGGAGAUGACCUUUACGGUGGGGUGGAAAGCCUCAUACCCAUUUUUCAAAUGAACAGAAAUGUAGAGAUGCCAUAGUGAACUUCAGUGCUGAACACAGUGGCAACUCAAACCCUUGUGAUUUGGGCAGCUUACAUGAGAGUGAUAAAGAUCUUGAUGGACUUAAUAAGAAUGGAAAGGGAUGGUGGCAAUUGGGUACUGCAUUUGAAUACAUUUGCCACUUUGCUUCCAUAGCUUGUUGUUGUUUAGUCAUUUAGUCAUGUCCAACUCUUCGUGUCCCCAUGUACCAGAGCACGCCAGACACUCCUGUCUUCCACUGCCUCCCGCAGUUUGGUCAAACUCAUGCUGGUAGCUUCGAGAACACUGUCCAGCCAUCUCGUCCUCUGUUGUCCCCUUCUCCUUGUGCCCUCCAUCUUUUCCAACAUCAGGGUCUUUUCCAGGGGGUCUUCUCUUCUCAUGAGGUGGCCAAAGUAUUGGAGCCUCAGCUGCAGGAUCUGUCCUUCCAGUGAGCACUCAGGGCUGAUUUCCUUAAGAAUGGAUAGGUUUGAUCUUCUUGCAGUCCAUGGGACUCUCAAGAGUCUCCUCCAGCACCAUAAUUCAAAAGCAUCAAUUCUUUGGCGAUCAGCCUUCUUUAUGGUCCAGCUCUCACUUCCAUACAUCACUUCAUGGCUUACAAUCCUCAAAAAUGCAAAAUAUGUUCGGUAAGGCCUUGUUCACUUAGCUGACUUGAAAGAACUUGAGCGUACAGAGCCAGGAGGUCACUGCUUGAAAUUUUGGGGUGAAACAAUUUAAAAAUAAAUAAAUUAUGCAGAACGUGUAACAGAAUUUAUAAAUAAAAACUGCAACAUGCACAACAGAAUCAUUGGCAUUGCACAAAGUAGAGAAGCAAGGAAUUCAGUUUCCUAUGACAUGGUCAGAGUGAUAAUGCAUCUCACAGGAUUAAGAAACAUCUCUUCAGCCUAGAAGGUGAUGACGACAAAGCCGUAUUCAUAGUCUGUUAAUCUCUCUGCAUGACUGAUGCAUGAUUCAGAUGAUGUUUUUAAAAGCCAUAGAACAGUUCAAGAGGUUCAGUCCAUUCAGAAUAGUACCUACAGAAGUCACAGAACCUGACAGUAGCAACAUACUUCUGGUCUCCCUGACAACAAUUGUGGCAACAGAUGAUGUUCCCAUUAAUUUGCUGAGGGCUAAUGACCAAUGGAUAGAAAUUGCAAGACGUCAUUUCAUUUCUUUUUUUCUGUAGGAAUUUCUAGACUGUUCAACAUACAUCUUAUCAGAGAUUAAUAUGAAGGUUUGAUUCAUCAGGGCAACUCCUCUCUCAUGAUCCACUGGGGGAAAAAUAACUUUAUAAAACUUUUGCUUCGUUGUAUAUUGUCAAAGGUUCUGACACAGCAGAACAUAAAGAAAAUGAUCACGGCUGAUGUUUUCAGAGACUGCAUACACGCAGAGACUUGUUUAAAGGUGCUUACCAAAUGAUCCAGAUGUUAUGAUGUCUAGAUGGAAUACGGAUUCUCUGUUUCACUGUUGCUUGUGAAGGUUGGAGAACAGAUGAGCACCACGCCAAAAGCAGGCUAUUGGUGUAGAUAACCCUACAUGAGGUUCAGGACUUGUGUGCAUUGAUGGUAAUGCACUAAUUCAAGCAGCAGGGAACCCUCAGGAGUUCCUGACAUUUUGUGAGCGUGCUGACAAAUUCUUCUGCUCUGUGGUCUGACACUUUGGGGACAGUACUCCAGUCAUUUUUGAUGGAUGCACUUGAGUCUGUUCCACAAAGGCUGACACACAACCCAAACAAAUAGGUUCGAAAGAGGCACGUUGAUGGGCCUGGUGUGCUGGUGUGAAGUCACAUCACUGGGGGAAAAAAAUAUGUUAUGGUAAAUGUUAGAAAACCAAUGUGGAAGGAUGUAAUUUUGUUUCUUUUUUCAGUCCUAGGAAUCGUUCUUCCUAUGUGGGCAAUAGCGCUGAUAUCAAUUGGUGUAUCAGUAAUAUUCGCUAUCUUAGUCUGGAUAUUUGUGUGUCCGUGGAUGAAAAGAAAAAUAGCAAGUAUGUCUUUGGGGGUGGGGGAGGUCAAAAUGUGUGUAAUGUUAAAUCCCAUGUCUGAGGAAAUACCUUUCCAGUGUGUUUUCUAGAAUAGUGAUGAUGCUUUAAAUAUAACUGCGACAGGUGACCUUUUUAUGUCUUGCAUAGCAUGACAUUUUGGUUUUUAGUUGUUGUGUUUUUAAAAUGCAGGCCAUGUUCCAAAGAUGAAAGCUCACUGUGGCUUCAUACUUAAAAACAAAAACACAAACAAAAAACCCCCAGGAGAUUCCUAUUUCGUAUCUUAAAUACCUUUGAAACUUAACUUGUUUCCAAAAAUUACUUACUGUGUGACAAAUGGGGGGAAUGAUACAUGAGAAACAGAAAUCCCAUUCAGCCAAGGUAGCUUCAGACUUCUCGUGUAGUACUUCGUGUCCCAGCCAGAGUAUUUUAUUUAUCUAACAGCUAGGCUGCUUUGAGCUCAAGGAAGCAUAGAACAAAAAUUUAAGAUUUAGUGAUCUAAAUUAGAUUGAUGUGUAGGUGGAAGCAAAUGUUCUGUUUUCUUGGUCUCUGGAGGGAGUUUAAUCUUACAGAUAUGGGCAACUUUCUGGGUUUCUUGACAAAAGAGGAAAGCAGUCAGUGCAUUUAUUUAAGUGAUACUAGUGAUUUCUGUUGAGUGGAUAAUUAACCCAUCCUUAUAAAAGCUCCGUGUUUUCCUUAGGUCGGUUAAAGAAAGAAGGGGCAUUAUCAAAGAUAUCUGACGAAAGCCUUGACAAAAUACAAGAUGAGGAUACACCUGUCUUUAAAGAACUUCCUGGUGCCAAAGCAAACGAUGAAAGUACUAUUCCUCUUACUGCCUCUGGAACAGAAGAGGCUGGUGUAUCGGAUAAUAUAGCAAAUGGAAGCCAUCCACGUGUGCCAUACGGUGAGAAACCAAGAGCACAUAAAUUAUUUUCUGUUUUUGUGUUGCUGCCUCCUGAUAUCUAGUGGGCAAUUCCCUUCUGUGCAAAACCCCUUCCCAUCCCAACUUUUUUGCUGUACAGGGUGAAUAAAAAGAGAGAGUAUGUGGUUUUCUUUUUUGGAUAAUUGCUCAUGCUCUUUUUCUGGGUGCUUGUGCAUAACAGUUUUUUAAAGAACAACACACAGUUGUAUGCUACACUGUGUAAUUGUGUAUUGUCUUCUCAAACAGCUACCUGUUCAUUUCCCACAGUUUCUUUUAGUGGAUGAUGCAUUUAAGGCUGCUGUCAUAUCAAUUUCUGAUAUACUGGUAUUGAACAAUAGAAAUGACAUAAUAUUUUGGCUGAAUUUUUAAAUGGCGCUUUAAUAUUUGAGAUAUUUGAACUAUGUUUCACCAAUAGACAAGUCUAUGUCUAUGUCUUUGUUUUCAAAGACCGAGAGUACCGUAUUUUUCGCUCUAUAAGACGCACCAGACCACAAGAUGCACCUAGUUUUUGGAGGAGGAAAACAAGAAAAAAAUAUUCUGAAUCUCAGAAGCCAGAACAGCAAGAGGGAUCACUGCGCAGUGAAAGCAGCAAUCCCUCUUGCUGUUCUGGCUUCUGGGAUAGCUGCACAGCCUGCAUUCGCUCCAUAAAAUCCCCACACAUUUCCCCUUUUUAGGAGGGAAAAAGUGAGUCUUAUGGAGCAAAAAAUACGGUAUUUUACUCUAGUAGCUGAACAGGAAUGAAUGAAUGAAUGAAUGAAUGAAUGAAUAAAUAAAUAAAUAUUAAUUGCAUUUAUUCCCCAUCCUUUCCUUUAAUGAGCUCAAUGUGGUAUAUAUGGUGUCCCCCCCCUCAUUUAAUCAUCACAACAGCCUUGUGAGGUAGGUUAGGCUGAGAGGUAGUGAUUGGCCCAAGGUCACCCAGUGAGCUUCAUAGCUGACUGGGAAUUUGAACCCUGGUCUCCCAAGGUCCUAGUCCAACACUCUAACCGCUACGCUGCAAUGGCUCUCCAUAUGCAGUUAUUUAUGUUAUUAUUACACCUAAAUUGGUAAUUUGAAAUAACAUGGUUCCUGCCUGCAGAUUUAUAAUCUGAAGGUAAAGACAAGAGAAAUUGGGGAGGAUAAAUCAAUUGGGGAAAGGUGGGUGGCUACCCCCCUCCCCUACAACAGGCCAAUAGAAGUGUUUCUUUCUUCUGACAUUUAACCCAGAGUGGCUGGCUGAUUCUGCAGUCCAAGAAGAGAAGGGGUUGGCAAUUGGCGAGGAAAGAGCCUCAGUCUGUCUCCCAAGCAACAAAGUACUUGGCUUGAUCAUGCCUGAACGCCAUUUUCCAACUCUUUGACUAGCGUGGAUUCCACUGAAUAUUCUUGUGUUCUCUCUCUACAUAUCUCUGACCAAUUUGGUCACCAGAAAAUGGACUUGGAGCAGCAAAUAUGCUCUGAUGGAGCACAAAUGCUCAUACAAAUGAUUUUUUUUAAAAAAGAGUGAUAUUUCUUUGGAGUUUCACUGUUCUGUUGCCUUUAGGUCUUUAGCUUCCUCUGGGGAAAAAAAAUACUUUUCUUUGCUGUUUUAGGAAGAGCAUUUUCAAUGACACAGAGUAUGGUGAAAUCUCCAAUUUCCAACGGCACCUUUAAUUUUGACGGCCACAUGAAGAGCGAUAUUCAUGUGUAUCACACUGUGCACAAAGACUCGGGAUUGUACAAAGACUUACUGCACAAAAUACACCUGGACAGAGGCAGCGACAACCGGCCUACACAAGAAAACAACUACAAACUGCUGCGGCGUAACAAUAGUUACACUUGCUACACAGCUGCCAUCUGUGGGAUGCCAGUGCAUUCGUCCUUCAAGGCGGCUGAUACGUCAACCCCAGAAGAUAGCGAAAAGCUAGUUACAGACACGGUUUCCUAUUCCAAAAAAAGGGUUCGUUACGACAGCUACUCCAGCUACUGCAACGCCGUGGCAGAAGCAGAAAUUGAAGCUGACGAAGGUGGUGUGGAGAUGAAGCUGGCGUCUGAGUUAGUAGAUCCUAGCCACCCCCCUGAAGACCCCGCAGAGGAUGAGAGAGAUGAGAGGGACUCCUCACAGGUUCACCUGCUUUUUCACUUUCUCCAGAUCCUCACAGCUUGCUUUGGAUCGUUUGCUCAUGGGGGCAAUGAUGUCAGGUAAGUGAGGAGAGCUUGCAUAUGUGAACGAUGUCAUCAUUUAAAAGUUCUGUUGUUUGCUCCAGCAGUCCAACCAGGUAAAAUCUGCUGCAGAAUCUUAGUGAUGCUGAUCUGCUUUAAAAGCAGGCAUUGCUCAAAAAGUUCCUGCAUCUAUGGCUGUAUCUUCACACUGUGCGUAAAACUUCCAUUUGUGUGAAAAACAAAUACAGAAAUGAAAACACCUAUCUGAGAUUGAGGGUUCCAAGUCUGAACAAUUUUUGUUGGCUUUACACUGGAUUUCAUCUUCCCUCUUGGUGCCAUAUUGCUUGUGUACAGGUUUAGCUAGAAUUUAACAGCUCUAUUUGCUGACUACUGUAUUUUUCUGUGUAUAAGAUGAGGGUUUUUUUAAAAAAUUAAAAAUAUUGUUAAAAAAUUUGGGGUUACCUUAUACACGGUUAGGGGACACGGGUGGCGCUGUGGUCUAAACCACUGAGCCUCUUGGGUUUGCUGAUCAGAAGGUCGGUGGUUCGAAUCCCCGCGACGGGGGUGAGCUCCUGUUGCUCGGUCCCAGCUCCUGCCAAAAAGCACACCAAAAAGUGCAAGUAGAUAAAUAGGUACCGCUCCGGUGGGAAGGUAAACGGCGUUUCUGUGCGCUGCUCUGGUUUCGCCAGAAGCGGCUUAGUCAUGCUGGCCACAUGACCCAGAAAAACUGUCUGCGGACAAACGCCAGCUCCCUCGGCCUGUAAAGCGAGAUGAGCGCCGCAACCCCAGAGUCGUCUGCGACUGGACUUAACUGUCAGGGGUCCUUUAUAUAUUUUUUUAAUACACGGGUAGUGCAUAGAGGGGGUGGGCGAUUGUUCGCAGCCACGAGUAGGAGAUAUAUGGCAGUGAUUGGGUGGGUGAUUGAUGUAUGCUCCAAGGGCUGUUUGGAAUUGGCUGUUGUUGCGGCAAUUGGGUGGGCGAUUUGUGGCUGUUGGUGGCGAUCAGGCAGAUGAUUGUUGUCUUCUGUGAGGUGUGCGAAUGGCAGCUGCGGUCAGGCGGAUGAGCUCAACAAGUCUGGGCAAUCUCCCCCCAUUUUUUUAAUUUGGAGUCCCAAAAAAUAGGGGUUGUGUUAUACAUGGGAGCGUGUUAUACAUGGAAAAACACAGUACGUUUUCAGCAAGUUUUACCAAGUUGCGGGCCAGUUUCUUGUUCAUAAAUCAGGAGAAGGUUGCAAGGCACUUGUCAGUCCAGUGCCUUGGAAAAUAACCUCCCAGGCAGGCUUAGUUGUAUUGUGCAUAGAAACAAAAAGCAGCUACUGUAAACAAAUAGCCUGCUGUAAUAUAAGAGGUUGCUUCUUGCACUCCCCACAAAUCCAUUCUGUUUUUAAUAAAGCAUAGCUUGUACAACAGGCUUGCCUUUAUUGGGCCAGUUUUGGGUAUCUGUAAUCAUAUCCCAUUGAUUUUUAUACGCACCCAUUUGCCACUUCUGGCUCACCGCAGUGUCUUACAGCUUUUUAGAACUUCCUGUGCUUGAUCAUAUAUCAGAUUAAUAAGCUGAGCUAUGAAUGAGCCUUCUUGGCUUCACAGACAGCCACGUCGCUCCACAUUCAGCAAGCAAAUAAACCAGGAAACCUUCAAUUGAGUAUGGAGUCUGAGCUGGUUAACAACUUUGGAGCAAGCCAGGGCAUUGAACCACAACUUCAAAGCAUGGUUUCCUAGUAUGGGCAAAAUGGCAAGCUAUAGUUCAAGGUUUCGAAACGUUAGACUUGGGUCUGUGUGCUGCCCUCCAAGCCUCUCUGUGUGGCACUCAAGACUCAGCCCAGAGUCCCACCCCCUCUUGCAAGCCCUGCUUUGCAUCUCCCUUGAAUGCUUUUGCCUGGUUGGAAUGUGUCCGUCAACUGUGAUAUUGCAUAGAAAAGGGGUGUGUGAGCAUGUGUAGAAACUAGCUCACUGUACAAAGGUAACAUGUACAGGUGCUGCUAUACUCACUUUUGUCUCUGGCCCUGCCUGCAGAAGGGAAUGUGGCCUCCAGCUGAACAAGGUUCCUCAACAAUGCUGUAGUUCAUUGAAGACUUUGUGGUCACUCGCCUGCCAAAAGGAAGAGCUUAAAGGGCUGUCUGUGCAUGUGGCCAAGAAACAUACCCAUCUCUUAACUUAUUAAGCCAAGAGAUGAUAUCCGAAGUCCCACUGCGGAAGUUGGGGCCAUCGGAGAGGUUGUCCUGCCUGGAUCCAUGUCAGUAGCAGAUAGGAGCAUAGAAACUUGCUUUGUUUUGGCACUCGCUCAUUGAGUGAGUCCAGAUAAACAAUGAGGCCACGGAUGGGAAAUCAGCUGUGGGAUUCAAAUCCCUGUGAGCAUGAACUGUAACCAAGUUCUUAACUGGAGAGUAGGCACUUCCUGGGUUAAUUAUACAGUGUUUACUCUUUCUUUGUAAAGGAACACUCCCAAGUUAUUUGGCAUGGCAAUGAAGUUUAGUGUUUUAUGGUCAGGUGCCCUGUUAAUUAUUUAACGUAAAAAUAGCAGCCAAAAGCAAAGGCCAGUUGUACGGCUGACAUUUCAUUGCCUAUUUUUAAUACAGUGGUACCUUGGGUUACAGACACUUCAGGUUACAGACGCUUCAGGUUACAGACUCCACUAACGCAGAAAUAGUACCUUGGGUUAAGAACUUUGCUUCAGGAUGAGAACAGAAAUGGUGCAGCGCCAGCGGGAGGCCCCAUUAGCUAAAGUGGUAUCUCAGGUUAAGAACAGUUUCAGGUUAAGAACAGACCUCCAGAACGAAUUAAGUUCUUAAGCCGAGGUACAGCUGAUAAAUAAAUUCAAAUACACUGUUUCGUAUAGUUCAACAUUUAAUGGAAACGUAAUGCAGUGCUCAAAGGCAUUGCAUUAUUAAAACAUAUUCAACACAAUGGGAUAUAAACAAGAAUGAAAUAUGUCAGGUAUUAUGUAAAAGUGAAGAUGCUACUGUCAAUGGAAUGGAUGAGCUUUGGCUAAAAACUGCCAUCACAAAAGAGAACCACAUGAAUAGCUCUAUAGCAGUGCACAAAAAUGUCAACUUGGUCCAAUUACAAUAUAAACAUAAAAGAUGUGAAGAAGAAGCAGGAGCUGUACUUCUGUGCGAUAUACUUUUGCAUAAUGCUAUGGAGCAUUUAUAUACAUUUGUAUGUAUUAUGUAUUAAUGCAACAACCGUAUGCCCAAGAGCAUUUAAGCUUGAAAAUAGAACCAAUUCUGAAAUGAGUGGAGAUUUAAUAUUGUAGUAAAGCAUUUGUUGACAUCAGUGAGUACUUGAAGCAAUUUUUUGAUUUAGGCAUAUUGUGCACAAAUAAGGCUUGCCUCUAAAGCAGGGGUAGUCAACCUUUUUAUGCCUACCGCCCACUAAUGCAUCUUUCUUGAUGGUAAAAUUUCUUUAACGCCCACCAGUGCUCGAUGGAAGGGGGAUUCAGCUUGUGCCGGAGAACCCCCUACCGCCCACCUAGAAUCCUGAAACGCCCACUAGUGGGUGGUAAGGACCAGGUUGACAAUCCCCGCUCUGAAGGUUCACAGAGAGGAGGAACAUCUGGUGUAGCACAGUGGCUAGGAAUGGGAGCCAAAAAGUCACAGGUUCAAAUUUGAGCCGACACGCACUCAUUGAGUAGUCUACUCUCUCUCAGCCACAGUCUGGCCUCUGCAACAGGAGGUUAAUAAUUCUGGCCUCAUUUGAACACUGGAAAUAUUUUUCCUCUUCCACCUUUGGUGUUAUCAUUCUCAUUCCAAGUCUGCCCGUAAGCUGUGUAGUUUGGCUGAAGGUGCCAUUGGAAUGGCAGUUCUCCAUGGAUCAUUGUCAGAUUGGCGGGUGGGGAUGGGGAGUGCUGAGCAUUCCUCCUGCAUGCUCCUUGAUGUGGGCUGGUUGCUGGCUUCCUCUUUCUUUGCUAUUUAUAAUCUGCUCCACAGUUUUAUGGACCUGAAUUGUGUUCCAGUGUGAUGAAUUGUGGCUUUAUUUUCAACUGGAAUUGUGCCUGUUGCAAGCCAAGCCCUCUUCAGGCUCGAUUUGCAUAUAUCACAGUGCUGCUUCCUCCAGGUGGCUCAGCCUGUUAACGUCCCUCAAGGAUUGUCCCAGUGAUAUCUUAAUUUCCCCUGCUUUUUCUGAUAAAAACACAAAGAGAUAAAAAUGUCCUUUCUAAGUUAAUGGAGCACAGGGUGAACCAGCAGCUUCUUUUCUCUACGCUGAAAGCAUGGCAAAUUAGGUUUGUUGGCUGAUUCUGAGCUCUUAAUGUGGUGGAAGACCAAAAAAAAAAAAAGUUAUUCCAUCAGAGAAAUUACAGAAUGAAAAUUGAAAUGUGUGUGAGAAGGGCUGAGCAGGUGGAGGCUGGAAUGUGAAGGUUAUGUUUGCAAGACAACCAUGCAGAAAGACGGAAUGCAAGAGCUAUUGCCAUAACUGUUUAGGGCAAAGGAAGGAGGAAAAGAUAAGAGAGUUGCUAUGCCUCGUGAUUAAACCGGAAGAAACUGGUAGAAGGAAGUAUUGCCGUAUAUGGACAUUGCUACCCCUUUGCUUCCCUUUGCUUGUAAGUGUGUAAAUGCUUGUGCAGUUUUCGUAUUUGGUGUGCCGCCUUCCAUCUACCUGCUGGUUGAGGUUGUUUCACAUCGGCCUAGCCACGCCUGAAUAAGCACCCUGUUUGAGUGACAAUUUGUGUCUGGAUUCUGUUGGCUGUUUCAGGCAGCCGAUAGAACCCCAAUAUUUCCCCAAACUUCACUUGUGUGUGUCUGUGCCAUGCACAGUUUUAGAAGCCUCUAUCAAGUCCCUUCCCUACUCCAAGUUGUCUCUUCUUCCUAAAAGAAAAAGCCACAUGCCAGGGGUGUGUGGCCCUCCAGGCCUUUCUGCCUGGCACUUGGAGCUCAGUCUAUGCCACACCCUCCCCAGCCUUCCCACCUUCCUUGAGUGCCUGUUCCUGGCUGGAAUUUAUGCCUUCAAACUCCGAUAAUGACCCUUGCUUGCCUGGAAUGGAGAGCAGUCAGGAUUGCAUGGCUUUGUAGAAACCAGUCUACUCUACGGAGGCAACUCCAUAGGUUGCCUGGAAGGGAAUGCGACUGAUGGACUCAAAAGGUUUUCCAGCUCCUAAGUCUUGUAGGGAAGAUCUCUGAGUCACAUUGGCUUUGCUUUCCUGUUUGGUUUCCUGCUCUACAAUAUCCUUUUUGACAUGAGAUAACCAGAGCUUGUACGUGCUGUAUUCCAAAUGUGGCCAGUGCGUACAGUUAUAUAGACCUGUGUGCCUUACUUGAAACAUUGCAGACCGUCCUGUCAAGAGAGACCCCUGGCCAAGCAAGCAAGCAGAGGCUUUCAGCCCAGGCCACACACUCCAGUACGUAAUGCUUAUGUGUUUCUUUGUUCACGUGACACAUGUAGGCACUAGCGCUGCAGCAUUACAGCAUUUUUCGUGGGUGGAUGGGAGCAGGCACCAGGUGGAGCAGUAAGGGAACAGUGGUGAGAUGUUUGAGGAUAGAGCUAUGUGUGCCCUGCAGCCUGCCCAGCACUUCCUCAGCUAACCUGCUGCCCUUGGGUGUUGUGGAAGACCCAGUUCCAUUGCCAGUUUUAAAUUGGAUCCAACUGCAUGUCUGGUUGACUUCUGUACAUGAUUUUUUUUCCCAGGGGGGAGGCAUCUUGUCUUGGACUGGCCCUGGUCUAGCAACAGGAGACCUGGAUAGGUUGGAGGUCACAUACUAGAUCAGGCAGGCGGGGUAGCAUGGGAAAAGGACAGGACAGUGACGAUUUGCAGCUGAUUCUGCUGGAAAGUUGUGUGUUUUUGUUAAGGCUGUGGGGUCAGCUGACAACACUCAGAUAAGUACUGCAGCCAAGAGAGCAGCCUUGAACCACAAAAUUGGGAUUGCCUGGCUGGCAGGAGAUGCAGGAGGUAAGGCACUGAAGAGUUAUGGUUGGAGGUCCCAGUUUGAGGCAUUCCUCAUCCUUGGCACCUUACCCUACCCUACCCUACCCUUACAUAACGUCAGCGGUGAGCCAGAAGCGAUCAGAUUUCCACAGCACCUUUUUAAUAGUUUCCCACUGAGCAUUAAUUUGAACACCCAGUGGGUACUCUGUUGUAACACUGCCAACGUUUUGAGAAUGAUUGAUUUUGCGUGGUGUGUUCUGCGUCUGCGAUUGCAUUCACUUGUGCUGUUUAGGUUUCUUUCUUCAUACCACCCACGACAUUUAAAAUGCCGGAAUAGACUCUUCAUUGAGCACCAUGCAGCUAGGAACACAGCUGCCAACUGGAAGGCUUAUUCACUUUAUGAAUCAGGUGGCAAGUUGAUACCUGUGGUGGAGGCAGCCUGACCUGAUGAAUUCCCCCGAAUAACUCAAGCCUCUUAUUUCCACAGCCAUCAAGGCUGAUGACUGCCCUGCCUGGGUGCUGGCGUUCCUUUGGUUGUGUGUUUUAUUCAUUGGGCACUGGCUCUUCCAACAUUUGCUCUGUUCUUUGGAAAUAGAACAGUAGCUUUCAGAUUGUAUUUUGUGGGUGCUUAUUGGGGGUUCUGCACCAAGUAACUUGGUCGUAAGGACAUAGCAAGAGCCUCCUGGAUCAUCUAGUCCAGCAUCCUGUAUUUAUAGUGGCUGAACAGUUGCUGGUGGCAAACCAGCAAGCAGCAUCCGAGCACAAGAGCAAUCUCUCUUCCUGUGGUUUACAGCAUUGGAAACAUUGCUGUUUCCAACUGUGGAGGCAUAACAUAGCCAUUGUGGGCAAGUAGCUUGAAAGACUGCCUGCUAUUCCUGACCCUCCCUAGCUAUACACAGCAGCAAAGGGCACGCUAUCUGUUUUGUAAAGUAGGCUCCACAGGCUAACUUGAGAGUACAUGUGUGUUCUUUGACUUGGUUUUCUUGGCCAUACAGAGCGUAUAGCCAGCCACCUGUCUUUAUAUUCUUGGAUUUCUUCCCCCUGCUUAUCUUACGUAACCAUGGCAUGGUGAGGGUCUCGUGGAGCUAAAACCGUGUCCCCAAGUUUCUUUUACUUUCUUCCAUGAAGCUGAAAGCCUGCCGUUCACUCCUAAUUGAAAAAUUGUGAUGUUGCAGUUGGACCCUGUUGUGUGAGCUGCAUCUGUUCUCUCCUUCUUGCACUGGGUAGAGCUAGGCAUCCAUCAACAGAAACGCCUCCCGGGGGGAGGAGGGCUGCGUCUGCUUGCACAAAGCGUAUAGAGAUGCACUGCACCCCACUCAGGUCCCUACAAUAUACAAUAACACCAUUGUGGAGUAUUUAAAGGAUUAAUUUAGCAGAAAGAUGGUAGGGUCAAAAGCCAAGCUGUUGGAAAACAAUGGAAAUAAGUGUUCUGUUUCAGUUCAAGCCUGGUAAUUGGAUCAUUCGUAGCAAACAAUGUUUGUGCAAAUAUAAAUCUAAAAGGCCCGCAGUUCAGAGAGGGAAUAGUUUUUCUUGACUUUUGUCAUGGCACCCAACAGAGGCAGUCCAAGGGGAAGGGCUGCUAUUGUGAGCUGCUAUCUUUAUCGUAAGCAGCCCCAAAUCCAUCUAGAGCUCCUCUUGCUCCACCUUCAGACCUGGAGCCUGGAUUUUACCCCUGUGACAAACAAGGAGGCACUCCUGAAUGAGGUGGAUCUCUGUUUUAUUAAAUCUUACCAUUUAAGAGCCUAGAAAUACAAGGGAAAAGGAAGAGGGAGCAGUUCAGAAAGCUAAAAUUAAAGAGAUUUUUUUUAAAUUAACAAAAGCAGACAUUUAAAUUUAAAAUGGCCAUUAGUUUGGGCCAGGCCAAUUUUGUACCUGAUGGAAGAAGAGUAGGGAAGGCGCAUAAUCCCAGGAGCACUUUACUUUGGUCAGUGACUGGUGCCAAACAUAUGGGCUCGUCAAAACCUGGGGUAUUUUUAACAUAGAGGGGGAAGCAGUCAUUCUAGGUAGGGGUUUGUUGGCUUGCUGGGUGGCACUGGUAAAUUGUAAGUGACGGGUUGUACAACACUGAGUUUUAAAUUAAAUUUCUUCUCCACCUCCUUGGCCCUGAUAGCUCAACUGCAAUUGGGGUUUAGUUGUUCUUGAAACACCACAUUUCUAUGACUCUGCAAACAAAGUUGCUUGACAACCUUUUCCUGCACCAUUGCAGUAUAAACCUGUUUCCUACUGAGCCGUAAGAGUCACUUGAGUUUAAGGAUUUCAUUCUGGUUGGCAGUUAGUGUUUGUUCUUUUUUCUUUUUUGGUAAGUUGACGACUGCCUUUAACUCCUAGGGAAUGUGUCAGGCACAAAGUUCCAAGAUUUAUAUCAUCUGAAAGCUGGGGCUCCCAUUUUUCAGAAAAUAUUAACUUCUAGACUUUGCCUUCUUGUUAUGCACCAUGUCAGACAGUGCCACUGCCCUUGUUCCAGCUGUGUAUUUUGUCAAGGUGCUUAGGCUAAAUAUAGCCAAUGAUAGUCCUUGUAUCUAGCUGUCAGUUCUUCGGUUGUGCAUUCCAUUCUCCAUUGCCAACGUCCUGAGAAAGCUUUGGCUUGUUAAUUCAUUAAACUUGGAUUGUUAGUACUGGGUAUUUUAUGUAUUUCUUCUGGUAACCAAUUCUGGCUUUCUAUGCUUUCCUAGUAUUAGGUAACAGAUAGCAAAAUCAGUGCCAUAGAAUAUUGCACAGGGCCAUGGAUGAUUGGCCUAUUCAUUCUAUAUUUGGCUUGCAGUGUUCUUGCUGUGAGCUUGUGCUUCAGAAGUGCGUGUCACAUAGAACUUCCAUCUCUGUUUGGUAAAGAAUAAAAAUGUGCUCAGCUCUGCCCUGGGGAGAGAAAACUAGAUCAUAUCGGUGUGCUUCUGAAAUGUCCAGUUUUGGCUCCCAGGCUCAAAAACAUUUAGGCAAGUAAGUGAGUUGCCAUUGCAUACCUUCAGGAGCAUGAUUUUAUACCACUAAGCUGGUCAGACAUUUCGUUAAUAUAGUGGUUUUCCCAUGUUUCGUUUAGCAGGAAACUAGGUUUUGUGACCAAGUCACAAUAGGAAUCUGAAGCUAGUCUUGACUUUCUUGAGUGUAUCAUAUCCGUAUUUCCAAAUAUGUGUCUCAUUUGCUUACCGCAUUACAUUUUGAGAUGUACACAUACAGUCACAGGAAAAAGAAAGUACACCCUCUUUGAAUUCUGUGGUUUUACAUAUCAGGACAUAAUAACAACCAUCUGUUCCUUAGCUGGUCUUAAAAUUGGGUAAAUACAACCUCAGAUGAACAACAACACAUGACAACACACAUGUGUUGUUGUUCAUCUGAGGUUGUAUUUACCUAAUUUUAAGACCUGCUGAGGAACAAAUGGUUAUUAGUAUGUUCUGAUCUGUAAAACUACAGAAUUCAAAGAGGGUGUACUUUCAUUUCCCCAUGACUGUACCCAUAUCUUUAAGUGAGUGCUUAAAAAGAUAAUGUGUGGCGCAGUGGUAACCAACAUGAUGACCUUUGAAUGUUACUGGACUACAACUGCUGUCAAUCAUACUUGAGCUCAUGGGAGUUGUAUUCCAACAAUAUAUGGAGGGGACCGCAAUGCUUACCCCUGCUGUAGAGAUCCUCCAAGAAUAAAGGUGAAAAAUGUGUAAAGAAUGUAUGCUAUUAGGUGUGUGGAAAGAGAGAGAGAGAAUGAGAGAUCAUCCCUGGUUAUUCUCACCCCUCCACCCCUCCCAAAAUGAAGGUUAAAAAUUACUGAAAAUAAAUUGUAGCUAGGAAUCUAUUUCCCGUAAAACACAUGGUAUCGUGAAGUGACAGUACUGGUCCACUUUCUUCAGAACUCACAGGGCUAUUAGGGUUUAUAAAUGUUCAGGGAGGGAGCUAGGGGAUCAUGAACUUUCCCCUCCCCUCCUCUUUCAAUGCAAUGUCCUUCAACCUACCCCAUUGUAACCAUGAUUGACUAACCAGGGGCAUCCUUAUUUCUGCUUAUGGAACCCAAUAUCAGAUUUACAAUGCUUAAGCUAGCGAUGCAUACAUGCCAGCAAAAAAUAGGUAGAAAAGUGGUCACAUUCUGCUGUAUUGUUGUGAAUGUAGGGACGGCAAAGGAAGCAUUUCAUAAAAGUGCAUCGGGGUAUCUUCUGAUUCCUCUAUUUUGCUUACUAAAAAAUAUUCAGCCCACCUGUCCUGUGAUUUUUCAAAGUGACUCACAAGCUGACAAGGAACAGAACAGUAUCCUUUAAAAUAUUUUAGAUGCCAGUGAAACACCAGAUUGUAGCUGAGUACCUUUGAACUCUGCAAGCAGCAGGAACUGAGAAAACGGUUCCUGCUUCUUGUUGUCCCCAUAGUGGGUAAAGAGGGAAUAUGAAGCAUGGUCUCUUCUGAGGAUCUUGGUGUGUGUAUGGUGAGAGAAAAGAUAGUAACCAGAGCAAAAGCACUUUUUAAAACCAGCACUUGGAAUUGCAUCCAGAAACCAGUUGAGAAACUAGCUGUGUUCACAAUGGAUCGGCCCAUUAGCCCUCAUAUUGUCCUAUCUCUGUGACAUAAGAAAAAGUUAAAACUCCUGUUUUCUGUUGUGUAGUAGCUUCAUGUCUGUGAAAACGCUACUCUGGUAUUUCCUUGUAGAGGAAGAUAGCGUGUCUCAACAUCAUGGGCGCAAUAUGCAGCAAGGAAGGGUGUAAAAAGGUAAAGGGACCCCUGACCAUUAGGUCCAGUCGUGCUCAACUCUGGGGUUGUGGCGCUCAUCUUGCUUUAUUGCCCUAGGGAGCCGGUGUACAGCUUCCGGGUCAUGUGGCCAGCAUGACUAAGCUGCUUCUGGGGAACCAGAGCAGCGCACGGAAACGCCGUUUACCUUCCCGCUGGAGCGGUACCUAUUUAUCUACUUGCACUUUGACGUGCUUUCGAACUGCUAGGUUGACAGGAGCAAGGACCGAGCAACGGGAGCUCACCCCGUUGCAGGGAUUCAAACCACCAACCUUCUGAUCGGCAAGUCCUAGGCUCUGUGGUUUAACCCACAGCGCCACCCGCGUCCCAAGGAAGGAUGUAAAUUGUAAUAAAUGAAUGGCUGUUUUUGUAAAGUUCUUCUGUCUUUGUUAAGUGUGACUAGGAGGGUAUUGAGUGAAGCAUGUAGGAUUUGAUAACCUAUUUUCACUGCUAUGUUUUCCAGCAAUGCUAUUGGCCCCUUGGUUGCCCUCUGGCUUAUUUAUGACAAGGGUGGCGUACUGCAAGAAGCUCCUACCCCCGUAUGGCUGCUCCUUUACGGGGGCGUUGGCAUCUGUGUGGGCCUCUGGGUCUGGGGGAGAAGAGUGAUCCAAACAAUGGGAAAAGACCUCACACCCAUCACGCCGUCAAGGUACGUGCCCAUCUCCUGCAUCUAAUUGCCCUGGCAUCUCAUGCUAGCUAUGCCGUAGCAUAUGUGUGCCUAAUGAUUUCUGGUUUUGAUCGGAGUAGUGAUGUACGUAGCUUUCUCUUUAAACUAAUGGCACUGUUGUUUGCAUUGUUGAGGUCUAGUUGGGCAGAAUAGCCUACCAAUGUCUGAAUAGCAUAGAGAGGCAUAAAUUAGGAAAUGGCAAAAAUCGAAGUAGUUUUCCAUGUGCUUCUGAAUGAUUAAAAAAAGAAACGAAACCUGUGAUUUUUUUUAUUUGCUUUUAAUGCAUACUAGACCUCUGCUGCUAACCUGUUUACUAAUUGAGCAUGAUUUAUUGGAAUGUAGUAUAGGUUGUCAGUAGCAGCGAGCUGCUCAGCUAAUUUAAUGUGGAUGUGUGUGUCCAGUUUUUGUUAUUCAGCAGCUCUUUGUUCUCUCACUUAAUAUAACUCAAAUGACCAAAGAUCAGUCGGAGGGAACCGGUUGGAGACGAUGCUGGUAAGACGUUGGCAUGUUGCAUGGUGUCAGCCCAGACUGAUUGAUUACACUUUUUUUUAAGAAAGAGUGACUGUGAAGUGUUUUUUUUAUGCUUCCUGCAGUGGAUUCACUAUUGAGUUGGCUUCGGCGUUCACAGUUGUGAUAGCUUCCAAUAUUGGACUUCCUGUCAGUACUACACACUGCAAGGUAUGCCUUUGCCAUGUGACUGCAGCCAGGCCGGUCUGGACUGUUCGUGUUUUAACUCUGCUGCCCAGAUCAGUUUAUAGCGGCAUGAUACCACAAUGAGGAAAUGCACACGUCCAUUUCACAUCCAAGAACUCUCCCCACCCCAUCCGUCACUCCACUCAUAUGAAUGGGCAGCCCUCAGGUUCCCUUCUUAGACAUCUCACCCUUUUUUGCACAUUGCGGAAUCAAAGUAUUUCCUCUCCCCCACAAACACUUGUUAUCAGAUUAUUCCCUACGCAUUCACAUGGAAUUCGGCAUAGUAGUAUGUUCCCCGAAAGAGCAAUCCAUCAGCCAUUGGCCUUUUGCAUUGCCCAUUAAUUUCAGAAGGCCUUGUGCAGGAACCGUCUAAUCUCGAUGUUUUCACAUGGUCAUGGAACUGCACAUGAGAACAUUUAGGAAUAAUGACACUAGCCCAAAUGUUUUAGAGUGUAGUAGGGGCAGAUGGCCCGAGGCGUUUCGAUGCCUGAGGCAAGAAAUCGAAGUCUCGCCCGCCUACUGGAAUUAAAAUAACAAACUAAAAAUCUACAUUGUGCUGCCCUUGACUGGUACACCAAAACUUGCUGCCAUGCACGGUGGAGUUGGCCCUGAAUAGCAGUAACUUUUUCCUCAGGUCAUGCCAUGUGAACGUUGAUCUGCUGCACCCUUCUUUGUCCGGAGGUUCUGACACUGUUCAUCGUUCAUUCUUCUACUUUCCUGAUGAAUGCAUGGCAUGGGAUUUCCUGUGUGUCGCUCUUACACUUCAAAAUCUCCAUCUGUCUUUUUUUUAUUUCUUUACAGUGGAUUUUGCAUUGAAGUAAUGUGUGCGCUAACCGUACUUGUAGCCUCAAAUGUGGGUAUUCCAAUAAGCUCCACUCAUUGCAAGGUAUUGGAGUCUGCAGUGGUCCCGUCGAUUAAACACAUGCUCAAUCUUUAAAGAAAAAGAAACAAAUAACAAAUGCUGAUUCCCCCACAUCCCAUUUUGCCUUCAUUAAGUAAUAUACUACCAAGCAAGUUUUAAAAUUAAAAAAGCAAUAAUUAAAAUAUGGAAAUUUAGUUAUUUACAAAAUUAUACAAAACAUGUGAGUUGCAAAUUCCCCACAAAUGUUAGAAUGUUGGGGAGGUUUUCUUUUUUUAAAAAAAGAGAGCGAAAAGAAAAAGAAUGUAUAUAUUAUAUUAUUAUUCUUAUUGCUGUUUAUAAAACACAUUGUAGUAUUCAUUUUGUAGUGUAUUAACAAGCAACAGUCAUCAUCUUAACUUUUAGUUUCCUUGCUUCUAUAUAAACUUAAACUUCUUAGUAUUAGCUUUCGACUAACAGUUUCAUACAUUUUAUUUUCUUCCCCCAGAUUUGCAGUUUCUCAUAUGUAACUUACAUGGAUUGUGGUGUGCAUAAUUUUAGGAGCAUACAUCACAAGUCAUUGAAAUACAGAACCGAGCAUUCAUGUAUCUGAAGGCAAAUGGUAUUUGAUUUCAAGCCAAUCGGAACUAGAAGGUCUAUACAGAUUGUAGCUUUUCAGUGAUUAAUCUGCUUUUCUAACCUGUAUUCUCAUCAAAACGUAGUCAGCUAAACUUUGAUAAUGUUUAGAAAUGGGUUAACUGAUGCCAGUGUCACUGAUACCCUCUAAAAAUUGGCAAAUUCAUGAAACAAAACAGAGCAUAAGUUGAAUAUUUUUUUAAAUUGGUGUUAAAAUUAAAUUGUGGUACUUUUCAUAUACAUCACUAUUCAUGCUUUCAGACCUGCCCCCCCUUUAUUUUAGCAUAUAUCAUAUCUCUACCACUGCCCACUUUCCAUUUCUCUUAUUCUCCUCCCCCAAGUUCCUCCCCCCCAAUCUCUUUAAAAAACACCCUAACAAAUAAAAAGAGAGUCGCAGUGGGGUGACCAAUCUGCUAGAAGGAAAAUCCGUAGCAAGUAAUGAGGUAGAAGAAUAGACAAAAUCUCUAGGAGCUGAUAACAGUUCAUGUAUGAACAUAUCACUAUUCUCCUUAAAGAAGAUUGCAAAAUACUGUAAUAUGAGGUCGAAUUAAACAAUGUUUUUCGAUACCAUGAUUACAGUCACAUGUCCAUUACUUUCAGGGCUAGAAAAGUGUGCUACAUGCCCCCUACAAUUUCAUAAGCAGAAGCCAACCCCAUCCCCACAAUCCAGGCAAAGCUUCCAUUUACAGAAGCCAUCUGGACUGGCAAUUGAAUUUUACGUCCACAUUGGUGACAGAACCGUGUUUUCUGCUGCACCUAAGAACAACAGGAUAACUUAAACGGUCUUGGAAGGCUGCAGGGCACACAGACCUCUUGUCAUCCUAAACAUUAUCACUGCUCACUCACCACUUUGCCUGGUGCCUGCGCAGAUAAAUGUUCCAGUGUUGCUGCACUAGUGUCAGCAGUCGUCAUGUGAGCACACCUUGCAUUUGCACACAUGAUUCCUGCUGGUGGUGUAGGUCCUGUUCUGGAAAGGAUCAGGUGAAACUUCCCCAGGCAAAAUGAAGAACAAAGCAUGUUCGUGACUAUCCAUUUUUAUCUUAUGGUCUAGGGGCAAUGACUGACAAGGGGGAAAAGAAAUUUAUUACAGACGUUGAAUGUUAGCCAGUAACUUCUUACUGUAACUAUGAUCAGACUUGUGGCUUUCAGAACUGAUUUGAUCAGAGAUAGUCCUAUGACUAACUCUUGGUUACUAAGACUGAGCUAUGCCAUCAGCACUAAUUGGAUUGAAUUAAUCCCUUGGAAUGUUGCAUCCUAGUAACUUAUCUGACAAUCCGUAAAUCUCUAGAAAAUUUUAACAGAGGUGGAUAUGCCUUUCUGUUUGCACGGACUCUUCAAGAGGGAGAAGGGAUAGACAAGUGAAGUAGUCAUUAUCCUGAUACAGUUUUUAUUUUUAUAUAGCUGCCAUUGCCACUGUAGCAUAUAUGGGCCCUUCUUACAUUAAUUCAGCAGUGUUCAAAUCUGUGGACAGUCAUUACAGUAAGAAAAUGUGGUUUUCCCUACCACAUCCCUUUUGAGGAGAGCCAUAGCUUAGUAGUAAGUACACGUGCUGCAUCCAAGAGGUCCUUGAUUUAGUCUCUGCCAUUUCCAGCUAAUCAGGAUGUGGGUGACGCUGUGGGUUAAACCACAGAGCCUAGGACUUGCCGAUCAGAAGGUCGGUGGUUCAAAUCCCUGUGACGGGGUGAGCUCCCGUUGCUCGGUCCCUGCUCCUGCCAACCUAGCAGUUCAAAAGCAUGAAGUGCAAGUAGAUAAAUAGGUACCACUACAGCGGGAAGGUAAACGGUGUUUCCGUGCGCUGCUCUGGUUCGCCAGAAGCGGCUUAGUCAUGCUGGCCACAUGACCCGGAAGCUGUACGCCGGCUCCCUCGGCCAAUAAAGCGAGAUGAGCGCCGCAACCCCAGAGUCGGUCACGACUGGACCUAAUUGUCAGGGGUCCCUUUACCUUUACUAUUUCCAGCUAAGAAAGAUCUUGGGUAGUUGGGCUGAGAAUUACUUCUUUCUGCUUGAGGUCUUGCUGGUUGCAGUCAAAGAAGGCCAGAUGGACCAGUAUCUGUUUUUAAGGCAGCUUCAUAUGUGUUACAUAUAGACUUCUAGUUAUUUGGAUGGGGGCAGGGGAGAUUGGGAAGAGAGCAACCAAAUGUGUUGUUUCAGAUAAUUCUGUAUGUUACUGUACCACUUACUGUAUUUUUCGCUCUAUAGGACGCACCUUUUCCCCUCCAAAAAUGAAGGGGAAAUGUAUGUGCGCCCUAUGGAGUGAAUGCAGGCUUUCGCUGAAGCCUGGAGAGCGAUAGGGGUCAGUGCGCACCGACCCCUCUCGCUGUCCAGGCUUCAGGAAGCUAUCCGCAAGCCUUCAGAGUUCCCCUGGGCUCCGAAGGCUUGCGGAUAGCAGCCUGCAGCCCGAAGCCUGGGGAACGCAGUGCCAACUCCCCGGGCUUUGGGCAGCUAUCCACAAGCCUUUAGAGCGCUCCCCCAGCCCGCAAGCUCCGGGAGCGGUGGCAAGGCUGCGCAACCUUGCCUCCGCUCCCGGACCUGUUCUGGGGGCUGGGGUCGGGGGAAGCUCGGGCUUCCCCCACCCCAGCCCCGCGGCUAAAAACGAAGCCGCGCGCAGCCUCUCCCGGCUGGAGAGUUUGUGCGUGGCUAAAGAGGAAGCCAAGACAGCGGGAUGGCUUCUUUGCUCUUUGGGGCUGGGGGGGGGGAAUAAUUUUUUUCCCCUUUAUUUCCCCCCCUAAAAACUAGGUGCGCCCUAUGGUCUGGUGCGCCCUAUGGAGCGAAAAAUACGGUAAUUUGAUGCACCUGAUCAGUCAAUUCCAGCCAGCUCCAAACUUGCUUGGAAGGAAAUACGAAGCCUUCUUAUUUAGCGUCCUUCCUUUCACAAAUGGCUUCCUCUUGCCUGCAGUAUCUCUUCUCCAGAUGCUUUCUGACAAGAGGAAGGCAGAACAUGAUAGUGCCUCAGUUGUACUCAGCCCUUAGGGAGAAAUGUAGGGUCAUAAGAGGAAAACCUUGGCAAUACAAGAAAACAAACUGUGGACUUAAUGGCACUUAGAAGGGAAAUUGGGUUAAGCAGUUAAAAGAAAUGGCAGUUGCUCACAUAAGACAAAUCACAGUCCAUUAUUUGAGAUGUGAAAACAUAGUUAUUCUUUUGAGCGAAUAUAUUGUAUUAGAAGCCUUCAUCCAGAGAACAGCUUCAGGCAAGCCCUAAAAUGGCAGUGAUCAGAACAGGAAAAACACAUACUUCUUCUAUUUGCCAGAGUGAUAGAAGAUUUGUCAGCCCUUUGGGUAUAUCUGAGAUAACGUACCAAUACCAGGGAUGGAAGAACACUAGAUUUGCAGCUUGCUAGAAAAAGAGCUCUUGCUCUUUCCAGGAUGGGGCUCAAAGCUGGACAAAAUAUCUAAGCUCCAACUUCAAGCCAUAUGCUCUUCACUUAUGGAAUCCAGCUUUGCCACCGAUUUCCUAUAUUCUGCCACAUAAUUAAUUUCCACUUUCUGUGGCACAGGACAUGGGUGACGCUGUGGGUUAAACCACAGAGCCUAGGACUUGCUGAUCAGAAGGUUGGCGGUUCGAAUCCCCGCGACGGGGUGAGCUCCCGUUCCUCAGUCCCAGCUCCUGCCAACCUAGCAGUUCGAAAGCACGUCAGAGUGCAAGUAGAUAAAUAGGUACCGCUCCGGCGGGAAGCUAAACGGCGUUUCCGUGUGCUGCUCUGGUUCACCAGAAGCAGCUUAGUCAUGCUGGCCACAUGACCCAGAAGCUGUACUCUGGCUCCUUCGGCCAAUAAAGCGAGAUGAGCACCGCAACCCCAGAGUCGGCCAUGACGGGAUCUAAUGGUCAGGGGUCCCUUUACCUAUGUCACGUGUAGCAAACUUCUGGGCAUUUUAUUUGUUAUAACUUGCUAGUUGUAGUUUUUGUUACUGAGUGGUGGAUUUUUUGUUUUUUGUUUAAAUUACCUUGUUAAGUUGCUUUGGAAAUGGUUUGCCCUGAAAAGCAACAUAUAUUACUUUAAAUACAUAAAACACGGUUGAUUUUCUUAUUUGUAAUGGUUAGCCUUUCCUUUGAAAGGGGCAUGGCUCAAUAACUGCUAUCACAGGCCUUAAAUUAAGGAGAAUGUCAUGUAAAGCUAGAAAUAAUAAGAAUAAGAACUGCCAUGGAAUCCAAAUUAUGCAAGGCACUAAAAGGUGUGUUUCCCUGUCCCAUCCCAAAUAGUUUUCAGUUUGUGUGAUAAAUUCAUGUAGAGCUCUUCUCCUGUGUGAAAAGGAAGCAGGAAUUCCAAUUUCAGAUAAUUUGUAAAUCUGGGCUUCAGCUGACUGGCAUUGGUUUUGUCAUAGAUAGGGGUCCAUAAAUGUGUUUGCUGGUUGGUCAGCAGUUGCCACAAGUCUUUCUGGCAAUUGUAAGUCCCUGGAAUACCCAGUUCAAAGUGGGAGGCUUGCAUUACAAAGAAAAUGGAGGGGAUGAGGCAUGUCAUUUUCACGCAACUCGUGAAACGGAUUGAUCUUGCUUAGUGCCAGGCUUUGGAGAUACUUGGCGCAUUUCCUGCUGCUUCCACGUGCCUCCAAAGCACGGUUUGGUUUGGCCCAGCCCUUCCCCUGAAUCGCCUUACAUGCCAGAGGGACGGUAGGGUGGUGGUGAUCACAGAUAAUAGCUGGUUACUAAAAGCAAACCCAAAUUUAUGGACCCCAGGUCAUAAAGCAUCUGUUGCCCAUGUUAAGAUGCCUUUAAUUCUGAUUCCCUUCUCAAACUUCCAAGGUUGGUUCUGUGGUGGCAGUUGGCUGGAUACGCUCCAAGAAGGCUGUUGACUGGCACCUCUUCCGCAAUAUCUUUGUCGCCUGGUUUGUGACUGUCCCCGUGGCUGGCUUGUUCAGCGCUGCCGUCAUGGCUCUCUUCAUGUACGCCAUCCUGCCGUACGUCUGACAUCGCUGCUCCUUCCAUGGAAGAAGGGGGUGCCUCUGAGAUAAAAGAAACAAAGGUCUCUCCUCCAGAGCGCAGAGCUCCCUAUUUAAACCAUGCAGUAAGAGCUAAUCAGCAAGGAUUUGUCGUCAGAAUCUAACAUCUGCUGUACAUAACAUCUGUGUCAUUGGUGACAUAACAUGUGGUGCCGUUUUCUUAUGUAUUAAAGAAAUAUAUAUAUAUGCUUACAGUAGGUAACACUACCUUAAGUUAUAAGUGAGGUGAAAAUAAUUGCCUAGAACUUAAUCCCUAGUAAAACUUGUACAUAAUGUAUCAUUCAGUAGCCAUUUUUUUAAUCUUUUAAAAGAACCUGGGAUGUGUUUGUCAGUUUGAUAAAUGAUGAAGCAAUCUGCAAAAAGAUGAGAUUCUUUUUUUGUAAAAAAAAAAAAAAAAGAGUGCUGUUCAAUGAUACUGGAAGCAAAGUGCAGAAGUACAUUGGCAAAAACUCAGUUCAUAUCAUAUUGUUGUGUAUAAUACUGUAUGAACAUUGAAUUUGUAAAUACUUACAAAAAUGUAACUUUUUAAUGGUGCAUUUCCCUCAUAUAUUUUGGAUAAGAAAGUUUAGAAAGUACCAAAGAAGGGGGAAUAGCUUGUCAGUAUUAUAUUUGUCUAUCUGUGCGCUCUCUCUCUCUCUCUCUCUCUCUCUCUCUCUCCUCACCCUGCAACCCAUUUAACUUUCUAAUUAAAGUUAUUUUCUACCAGUCAGCCACCAGCAAAGCCAGGAUAGUAUCGCUCAUGUUUUACUGUAACAGGUAAAGUGUCGUACUGCUACAGUCUUACGUAAAAAAUAUCAUCCACAGAGGAUUUUAGUAAAAGCUCAGCUUCGUUAUGUGUCAAACCUCAAAUCAAACAAGUAUUUUCCACCCCUUGUAUAUAGGUCCAAUUCUGCUCUCAAAACAGCCAUCUGUCAGCAAGCUCAAGGGAGGGGGGAGAUGGGGUUUCAGAAAGGUUUUGCAUUGCUUUUUCCUGAUGCACCCAGUGUCAACGGUAACAUAGAUUGGCGGUGUUAUGCCCAGUGUCUGAAAGGGAGCAAUCUAGGACAGUUUGGGGUGCUAACCAACAGUAUUUGGUGGUUAAGAUUUUUAUACUACAGUUACCCUCAUAACUGGAGGAGGAGUGAAUACAAGAACCAUUUCUGAUCAAAUGUCGGAGCAUGUGGAAGGAAUCUAAGCUACAGCGCUCCCUGCCAGUUCAGUGCUCGCAGGGGAAGGAGCUGCAGUGUGGGUUCCUCUGUUGUCGCUUGGGACUUAGGACAUUGCCAAGGGUGCCUGGGAAAAAUCACAUUGCGACUGCUUCGGAACUGCUAAAGGCAGUGUCCAAUACUCAGAAACGUGUUGUCCCUUUUUGAAGAGGCAUCCAAGUCUGCCAGUUGUCAUAUGAAGACACUACUGAAGAGACCUACAAGGUCUCUGGCCCUAGAACUGCAAUUUGUCAUAAUUUGGUAGAUACACAUUGCUGAAACCCCCCCCCCCCCAAAUCUUUACUAGUAUAAAGGGACCGUAUCAACCUGGCAGACAGUGGUUUGAAUCCAGUUCCUCUUGCUAUGGGAACCUUGAGUAUAGGCUUUUGGGAAGCCUUGUUGAAAGGAAUCUCUGUUCUUGAGCCAUUCCCAUCUGUUUCCAUUGAGCUCAUAAAUGAGCACUUCCCAGAGGAUUUUGCUACUUGUAACAGUGUCCAGGUUGGGUUUACUGGAGUGGGCUUGAGGAGGUCAUGCUUGGAGAAUGUUGGGAGCCUAGGACUGUUGAAAUGCUGCUAAAAAAAAUUCGAUACAUGAGCUUUCUUGGUACUCCAUUGUGAUCCUUUUUCAUUGGUAAUUCAUUCUAAAUUUAUAAUAAAAGAAUACAUUGCCCUAGAACUGCUUUCUUGUUUCUUGUUUUUUUUUUAAAAAGAUACUGAACCAUGUGUUUUUACUAUUUACAACCUACUAAGCUGUGGGCGCUUCCUAACUCAAAGCAUUCCUUGCCUACUUUGCAUUUGUUAUAAUCCUUUCAUUUGCUUUCACUCUGUGUGAGUUCUUGUUUAGAAAUUUGUAACAAUGGCCUGGAGGGGGGGGCACAGAGGAACACACCCAUUGGCAAAGCCCAAAUAAAGCCAAGUCUGUGUAAAGCAAACAAAAACUUCCAUUUAUUUCACUUGGGACUGUUUGUCCCAGGAUGAAGAUCCCCUUAUGAAUUACCAUAGCACUCUUUCGGUAGUAAUCCCGUAAUGAACAUCUCAUACAUAAAAAUGCAAAUGAAUGUGCUUCCAUGAGCCUAGAGAAAGCAAUGCUUGGACGCUACUGUCACAAGCACACUUGUGCAAAGGAAAUCCAGGGAAAAUAUGUCCUCCUUAUUCAAGACCCAGUGCUGCUGUGGUUCUUGGCUUUAAAACUCAACUCUGCAUUGUUUUAACAACACAAAGCACCUGAACAUUAACUCAUGGCUCAUGACAGGAUGAUAUAACUCACUAAUGACGCAACCAGCAUAAUUUAAACCCUUGGUGAACUUUGUACAACAAUUUGAGAAUGCUUCUCUGCUUGCACAUAAAAAGGAGCAUGUUCAUAAAGCAAACAGAUUCUUUCCAGUCUGGAACAUAGUCCUUAAGGAGCUUGACAGCUUUUUGGUGUUUACAAAGUGCUCCAUGAGCAGAGGAUGCGAUCAACCGACAUAUAUUUGAACAUUCAGUGUACCUUAAGUCUGUUGCAAUUCCUGACCUGUGUGACUGUCCAUGAGGAAUAUGAACAAAAGAUGUGCUCCCUCUUUUUGGUGUGUUUAGGACAAAAGUGAUCACUAGCAGGGGACUGGGUGCUGUUAACAUGCUAUCCGGUUAUAGCCAACAGUCUUGGCCCCCUCAGCUGCCAUGGCAACAGGAGUUUGCUUCAUUGCAGUCAAUGGGCAUAUGUUGCCAACAUCUUAUCAAUAGGCAUUAUAUGUCUCAACAGCUGAAGGUGUGCUUGGCAUCGAAGCAAACAAAGCCCUUGGCUUUCAAUUCUGUUUAUUGACUUGACCCCCCACUUUAAAUCCCGCUCCAAGCUUCUUCCCAGUAAUGCCAGAUAUUCAAAUAGCAGUGUAUCAUUUGCCUGGUGUGACUUUGAAAAGGCUGCACUCACGAUUUAUUUUUAUUCAUUUAGAAGCUUUGUAGCUUGCCUUUUCACACACGUGCGGAAGGUGGCUCACAGUGUCAAAUAUAAAAACGCAGUAAAAAGAAAAGCAGAGCAACUGCAAACCAGCAGCAGAAAAAAAGCAAUCAUGUUAAGAGUCUGAUGGUCUUCACCUGUUGCCUCAAAGAAAGGUGCAAGACCUUGCCAGGGAGUGUGUCUUAGAGACAAGGUACCACUACUGAAAAGGCCCUGCGCCCAUUUUGCCACCCACACACCUGGGGCAGUGUGUUCAGGAUUUGGAUAAUGGCAGAAAGCUUGAUUGUUUCAGUUAUUGCAGCUACCAAAAAAAGCAGCAGAGCAAGGGAAUAUCAAACCAUGCAGGUAUCAUUCCAGCGUUCUGUGGUCUUGCAAUAGAACUGCUUUGAAAUGGACAAGAAACCAUGCAAUUGGAUGUGGCUUGCACAAAGAUCACUUGAUGGCUGGAUAUGUGAAGUUUGGUACCUAGAUGUAUAAAUGGGCUUCAGUGAAGGACCCUGAGCAUAAAUUGUUGAUGAAAGUGCUUUCUGUUGGGGGGUCUAAUGACAUAUAGGCAAAAUUCUGAAUGUUUCUGUACAGUGAAAUCACUCGGCAACAUCGGCAUCUAACAAUUAAAAUGCUGUUGUAUAACAUUCACGGAUCCUCACUGCGUGUUGCAGAAACCUGGCUACUAGUUUUCACAUACAGCAUAUGAGUUAGUAAAACUCUUUCCAGGCAGUUUUGCUAUGCCAUAAUAAAUUUGUUAGUCUUUAAAGUGUCACUGCAGUUCGUUUUUGCUGUAAAAUAUUAAUGUGACCACUCCUGGUACCACUUCUGGUUAGUAUUUGGGGAGAAGGUAUCACACAAUUGAAUAUUCAGCUAUAUAAACAACCUCUUGCCCAUAGAAAGCUAAAUAUCUGGGAGAACUAGCCCAGCCCUUUCAUUGAUGUGGUAACUUCAUAUGAAGUUUCUUUCACAUAGAAGGAUUCAGCUGUGCAAUCUCCUACAGGUAAUGUUAACAGGUAACAGUCUUAGAACAUUUUUACCACCGUAUCCACAUUUUCUUUUGGACAUCUAGACUCGCAAUUCGAUUUCUAUCUGGCUGUUGUUUGAACAAAGUGCUGUGUAUUCCAGCACCUCAGUUUAACUUGGCAUUGUGCUAUAAUGCAUCAUAGCUUUGGCUGUGCUGCUUUGUCAACAUGCCUAAAUUCAGUUCAGCUUCUAAACUGAUUUCUAGCAGAUACAUUUGAAGGUCAAGCUAGACGGUGAUGGGCUUAGCUUCCCAUGCUCCCCCGCCAUACCUCCUUGUGCUCUGUUUUUUCAGACCUUUUCCUCCCAAUCUGGAUAAUUUUUGGUACUGUAAAAAUUAAGCCUCCUGCCCCUGCUAAAGACACAAACAGAAAAGACAUGUAAAGAACAAGGGCAGUUGUCCCGUUGCAUUUAGCUUGACUCUGAAAGAUGUCUCUGUGGAUUUGUCCACAAACUCUUGCACGGUGCAUAAUUUUGAUGGAAUCAUUCUUGCAAAGUUGAAGGAGCAUUUUUCUGUGCACUGUUAUAUAGAAGUACUUUUGAUCUUGGCUCUUGAUCCAUUUCUUGGUCACAGGAGAGGAGAAUAGGCAGCAAAGGAUGAACCCAUCUGAAGACGAGAGCAUGAACUUUGCAUCUGAGGGGGUUGUGACAUCCAGGAACCACAUUCUGACAUGUGCUAGGCCCUUAUAGGGCAAUCAUGUAACGUUCUGCAUUUUCUGCUGUUGCAAUCCCCCCCCCCCCCUGGUUCUGGGAGAGGCCUCCUCAAAGGCACCAUAAAUUUGCUAUACCUGCCUUGGGGGGCUGGAUUAAUCAUUUCCUGUCUGCAAUUUGGAACUUCAUGGGCAAGCUGAACUUUCCAUGUAUCUGCAGAAGCAGCUGAAUAACUUGUAGCUUAAACAGACUUCUCACCUCCAGGUCAACUUGUCCCUUCUGAUAAAUGUGAUCUGUCUUUUCCACCUGGGCGAAGCCUUUUGCUGUGUCACCGAGGCAUAUAAAUCUCUGCUAAUCUCUUGAUUCAUAGUAUGGCUUUCCUUAAUUUUAAUGCCAAUGUGUUGCUGCAAGAGUGAGGCCUCCAGGCUGCAGACAGAACCAGGAGGAACCUCUGGAUUUAAAGGCAUAAAUCCCCCCCAGUGAGCUACAGGAACAGCUGCCUCACUUGAAACAAGCACAUGGUGUGUAACCGUAUCUGCAGUAGGAAAAUGUUAUGCAGAAAUAGCAUUGGGGUAGAUGUUUCUAAACAAUGUCGCCGCUUCUAGAGUUACAGUCCUGCCUAACAUGCACUAAUGUGCGGCCAGUCAUGGGACGCUCACAGGAACUGUUCUGGUGUGUACAAAAUUAAGAACAAAGCUCCGGCUUACCCAGAGCUUAGCUCCGGCAGAUGCCGCUGCUAAAAAUAAACCAACCCUUCAUGAUCCGAAAUAAUAUAAUAUUACCAGCAUGUUUGCACUCUUUGGCCCCAUGAGGGAUUGCGGGGUCACUGGGUUUCUCGAUUUAGAUCCCCCUGGGCCAAAGAAGUGUUCAAAUAUCAUCGUCUCAUGCCGCUUCUAUGAAAUGCAGAGAAAUGGAUUUUGAGCUAAGACUCUGCAAUUCCACAAAGGAGCAUGAGCAAAGAAUUUAGAAGCCGAGCAGAAAACUUUUGAUUUUGUGCAGCAGCAGCUUGUUGUUUAGCCGUUUAGUCGUGUCCGACUCUUUGUGACCCCAUGGACCAGAGCACGCCAGGCACUCCUGUCUUCCACUGCCUCCCGCAGUUUGGUCAAACUCAUGCUGGUAGCUUUGAAAGCACUGUCCAACCAUCUUGUCCUCUGUCGUCCCCUUCUCCUUGUGCCCUCCAUCUUUCCCAGCAUCAGGGUCUUUUCCAGGGAGUCUUCUCUUCUCAUGAGGUGGCCAAAGUAUUGGAGCCUCAGCUUCAGGAUCUGUCCUUCCAGUGAGCACUCAGGGCUGAUUUCCUUCAGAAUGGAGAGGUUUGAUUUUCUUGCAGUCCAUGGGACUCUCCAGAGUCUCCUCCAGCACCAGAAUUCAAAAGCAUCAAUUCUUUGGCGAUCAGCCGCCUUAUGCCGGUUAAAUAACUUGUUUGGAUUCUGUGCUACCCACCACACAGCAACAUCUAAAGCACAACCAUAGCUGCAGAGGGGGGAAGAGAGGGAACGUCAUAACAGCAGCCGUUCCCACCGCAUUCCUAGCAAUUCUGUCACCAACCACCAGCCAUAAGGCCAUUCACUGACAACGCCCCUACAUUUACCCAUCCACGGAGAGUGCAAAUAACAUGAAGCAAUGGCAGGAACACUUCUCUGUCAAACAGAAACUGAAUCCGAUCUAUACUCUUCCAUCCACGAUGCAAGGUGUGCUGCUACAAAGAUCCCACACUGGUUCCCGGUAGACCUGAAGGAGCGUCUCCACCCCCAUUUUCCAGCCCAGACACUGAGGUCCAACUCCGAGGGCCUUCUGGCGGUUCCCUCACUGUGAGAAGUGAAGUUACAGGGAACCAGGCAGAGGGCCUUCUCGGUAGUGGCGCCCGCCCUGUGGAACACCCUCCCAUCAGAUGUCAAGGAAAUAAACAACUAUCUGACUUUUAGAAGACAUCUGAAGGCAGCCCUGUUCAGGAAAUUUUUAAUGUUUGAUUGUAUGAUGAUGAUGCUAGGAGCUGCCCAGAGUGGCUGGGGAAACCCACCCAGAUGGGUGGGGUAUAAAUAAUAAAUUGUUGUUGUUGUUGUUGUUAUAAUAGCAAAGCAGUGCCACAGCUCAUGGGUCAAUUGAACAUGAAGCUAAGCCUGCAGCCCAAGGCAACAGCAGGAUUCCCUUCUUUGGCCAGAGAACUAGCCAGACACAGACAGAUGGAGUCGCAUCCCAGUAUCAGAGUAACCAAGCAGUUCUAUAGCUCAGGAGGUCUGCCCAUAUUUUAUUAUUAUUAUACAUACUGUAUUUUUCUGUGUAUGACGCCCCCAUGUAUAAGAUGGCCCCAAUUUUUUUUAACCCAAAAUUAAGAAAAUGCACUAUGCGCUAUCUGUGUAUAAGACGACCCCUUAUUUUAAACUUCAAAAAUUUAGGGAAAAAUAUAGUCUUACACACGGAAAAAUACAGUAUAUAUUUAUUUAUACCUCGCCUUUUUCCCUGGCAGGGGCUCAAGGCGGCUUACAGAUAAAAAUAAGAACGACUGAAAACGUAGGGGGGGGGAAAUAUCAUUAUAGAGCAAACAGUGUUAGAAUUAAAGCUCUACCCUACAGUAAAUUGACUGCAUGGGGCAAAGUGAUGGGAAUUUGGCUGUGAGAACUGGUGAACUGACCCAGAUAAACGAAUCCUCAAUUGGGAAAACCCUAGCAGAAUGGGAGACUUCCUGCUUCAGAGAGCAGUAAAACGAGCUCUGAUUUACUCUUCUUAGAGAGGAGGGUAAGCUGAGUUUUCAGUUUCAAAAGAGGACAGUACCCCUAACCAUGGGGGGAAAUUCCAUGGGAAUUUUUUUCCGGUGAGGGGCAGCAAAGCGCACCAAAAGCAGGCUGAUUCCUCCUCAAAAAUAAAAUAAUUGCCCCAUGCACAUUUAGUCCCAUUUUUCAGGUUCUACAACUGCUUGAAACCUUCUCUCUCCUAAAUGAAAGCUGGGAGUUGGGGGAUUAUAGUUCAUCCUUUGUAGAUGCCCACACCUCUACAACUUUUCACAGUUGCGGAUGAGAUUUGAGCAAGGACAUGUGGUGGACUUGCAAAGAGGUAAAGGCUUUCUGGGAAAUGGUGUAUAAUGAGUUAAAGAAAGUGUUCGAAAACACUUUUGUUAAAAAACCAGAAGCCUUUCUAUUGGGGAUAGUGGGUGAAAAGAUACCAAGGGAAGAUAAAAGAGUAUUUAUGUAUGCAACAACAGCGGCAAGAAUUCUUUUAGCCCCAAAAUGGAAACAACAAGAAGUACCAACGAAAGAAGAGUGGCAGAUGAAGAUGAUGGACUUUGAAGAACUGGUGAAGCUGACAGGAAAAAUUCGAUCAAGUAUUCCAAAAAGACGAGUAAAUUCAUCCGAUAUCUGAAAGAUCAUUGUAAGCAAUUAACAUCCCUAGCACGGUUGUCUGAAGACUUGUAAUGAGAAAUUUUCUAUAUCUAUCUAUCAUCUAUCUAUCUAUCUAUCUAUCUAUCUAUCUAUCUAUCUAUCUAUCUAUCUAUCUAUCUAUCUAUCUAUCUAUCUAUCUAUCUAUCUAUCAUCUAUCUAUCAUCUAUCAUCUAUCAUCUAUCAUCUAUCAUCUAUCUAUCUAUCUAUCUAUCUAUCUAUCUAUCAUCUAUCUAUCUCUAUCUAUCUAUCUAUAUCUAUCUAUCUAUCUGUCUAUCUAUCUAUCUAUCUAUCAUCUAUCAUCUAUCUAUUUUUGAGAUAUUCUGUAAUGAGUGUAAUUAGAAUUGGAAAAUGUCUAAAUUGCAAUGAUAUAAAAGUUAAUUUUGUGUUUUUUUUUUAAAUGAUAUUUAUUAAAGUUUCACAAAAAUACAGAAAACAAAGAAAAAAGUAUAAAUUACAGCAAAAAAGUAAAAAGUAAGAAAAAACAUACAAAAUAAAACAGAUAUAAAAGUUAAUUUUGAAAGCCAUGAGGCUUUCAUGUAAGGUUACUGAGGUAAACCAGUGUUGCUGUGAGGGAAAGACUCGUAGCCUCUUAACAAUUCAGUUUGGCUAAUCUAACUGGUCACGUUCCAGAAUACCGCUGAACAGCACACCACACUCGAGUUGCACAACAUGACUCCUGUUUUUUCCCUGCCCGCGCUCUGCCUUAAGUAACCUGCAGCUAAUGACUUAACAUUCUUCAACUCCUUUGGCCGCAGUCCACUAAUACCCAGCUUAAGCCUUGCUGCUUAUUUUCAAAGUGCCUAAGCAGCUCCUCUUUUCUCUAGCAGCAGCAGCAUCUCCCAGCCCACAUACCAAACCGUUAUAGUGCAUUUCCAAAGUGUGGCUUGUUCCCUGGAAGUUAAAACUGAGAAUCGCUGCAGACUUUGACAUUAUGGAGCAUGUUGGGCGCCGUUGCUGCCUUGCCUCAGAGUGCAAGUAGCAGCCAGAGGCAGGACCAGAUUUAUCAACAGGCAAAGCAAGCCUGCGUCUCAGUCCCCAAAUGGAGAAGGAAAAAAGUAAGGACAAUUAACUGUACUUUUUUGUGUGUUUUUGGCGACUGAAGGAGCGUCUCCACCCCCAUCUUUCUGCCUGGACACUGAGGUCAAGUGCCGAGGGCCUUCUGGCGGUUCCCUCGCUGCGAAAAGCCAAGUUACAGGGAACCAGGCAGAGGGCCUUCUCGGUGGUGGCACCUGCCCUGUGGAACGCCCUCCCACCAGAUGUCAAAGAGAACAACAACUACCAUACUUUUAGAAGACAUCUGAAGGCAGCCCUGUUUAGGGAAGCUUUUAAUGUUUGAUGCAUUACUGUAUUUUAAUAUUUUGUUGGAAGCCGCCCAGAGUGGCUUGGGAGGCCCGGCGAAAUGGGCGGGGUAUAAAUAAUUUAUUAUUAUUAUUAUUAUUAUUAUUAUUAUUAUUAUUAUCAUUAUCAUUAUCAUCAUCAUCAUCAUCAUCAUCAUCAUCAUUAUUUCAGAAAAUGAGGGGAGAUGGCAAACAAUUAUUGAGCUUUUCGGAGGUAGGAUUGUCCAGAGUUGUUGAGCUUUUUUGGGGGGGGGCAGGGAUUACUGAGGGUUGCUGAGCUUUCUUUUUAGGGGGAAAUGCCGAAAAUCGCUCCCCCCCCCACGUGUCGCAAAAUCCGCCUCCCAUCUGUCCCCUCGUCGACAGAAGCUGCCAAUCAACCGCCAAGUUGCCGCAGCAACCAAUAACACGCGAGCAACCAAUAACACGCACAAUAGCCACUGACAGAUGCGGCAGCAACCAAUCAAACGUCCACCCUAUGCACUACCCAUGUAUAAGACCCCCACUUUCUUGCAUGAUUUUUAAGGGGAAAAACCUAGUCUUACACACACAAAAGUACAGUACCUUCUGUGCCCAAACUCAGCUGAGGCAAACCACCAUUGCCUGAUGAACCUGCUUUGCGACACUGCCGACGCAACUUCUGGUUUCUAUCGGAUUUUGUGUCGGAGGCUUGGCAGGUCCUCAGAGGCCAUGUCCAAGGCCUCAUGAAACCUCUGGCAUGAUUUCUGUUAUCUACCAGAAGUUGCAUCAGAGACUUCUCAGGACCUCGGACGUCGCCUUGGAGGUUGUGUUGGAGUCCUGCAGUGUGGGUGCUGAGCACCUCCCCCCAAAAAUUGUGGGUGCCCACCCACUAGUCGGUGCCAGUGACUGCUGUCCAAUGUUUGUGGGGCCACGGGUUGCCUCCUCCUGUUGUAAAUAUUCAUGAUUUGAUUUUUGUUCCCCCCGCACCUAGGUGAGGUACGAUCUUUACCUUUUACAGUGGUACCUUGGGUUAAGUACUUAAUUCAUUCCGGAGGUCCGUACUUAACCUGAAACUGUUCUUAACCUGAAGCACCACUUUAGCUAAUGGGGCCUCCUGCUGCCGCCACGCCACCAGAGCAUGAUUUCUGUUCUCAUCCUGAAACAAAGUUCUUAAACUGAAGCCCUAUUUCUGGGUUAGCGGAGUCUGUAAGCUGAAGCGUAUGUAACCUGAAGCAUAUGUAACCCGAGGUACCACUGUACAGUGCUUGAGAACCUCAGUUUUUAAGCUAACUAGGGCCUCCACAAAUCUGCACUUGGCCUGACCUUGGUCUGGGGCUACAGAAGCAAGCCCCUCUAACUUUUCCUGAGUUCAUACCUCUUGAAAUACUGUCUAACCCAGGGGUCAGCAACCUAAGGCCCAUGGGCCGGAAGUGGCCCAUGGAGGUUGUUUGACCGGCCCACAAGCCACCCCUGAACCAAGCUGCCCACUCGCGCGCUGCGCUAAACCGCCGCAGCAUGGCUCAGAGACUCACUUCUGCGGUGCCGAAAAUCAUGUCUGCGUAGACACCAAAAAUUGUGGGCAGACGUGCUCAUGCGCACAUGCAAUCUGUUUAUCAACUCCAUCUGGUACGCAGGCUGAGACCCUACCUGCCCACGGACUGUCUCGCCAGAGUGGUGCAUGCUCUGGUUAUCUCCCGCUUGAACUACUGCAAUGCGUUCUACGUGGGGCUACCUUUGAAGGUGACCCGGAAACUACAACUAAUCCAGAAUGCGGCAGCCAGACUGGUGACUGGGAGCGGCCGCCGAGACCAUAUAACACCGGUCUUGAAAGAGACGUUUCCGAGCACAAUUCAAAGUCUUGGUGCUGACCUUUAAAGCCCUAAAUGGCCUUGGUCCAGUAUACCUGAAGGAGCGUCUCCACCUCCAUCGUUCUGCCCGGAUACUGAGGCCCAGCACCGAGGGCCUUCUGGUGGUUCCCUCCCUGCAAGAAGCCAAGUUACAGGGAACCAGGCAGAGGGCUUUCUUGGUAGUGGCACCUGCCCUGUGGAACACCCUCCCACCAGAUGUCAAACAGAAAAAUAACUACCAAACUUUUAGAAGACAUCUGAAGGCAGCCCUGUUUAGGGCAGCUUUUAAUGUUUAAUAGGUUAUUGUAUUUUAGUGUUUUGUUGGGCGGGGUAUAAAUAAUAAAUUAUGAUGAUGAUGAUGAUGAUGAUGAUGAUAUUAUUAAGAUCUUCCUUUAAAAAAAAUUAAAAAAUAUUUUUAUUACAAUAUUUUUAUUAAAUAUUUCUCAGUUUACAAAAAUACCUGCGUUGUCUCUUUAUUUUCAAGUUGCGUUUCCUACAGAUCAGUUUCGUUUGCUGACAGAUGUUAAUCUGGAAGAUCUUUCUGACGAUAAGAGCUGUUUGACAGUGUUGGAGGUGUAGUGGGAGUAAUGGCGACAUGUAUCAUAUGUGGUGGACAUGUAGGAAGAUCAAAGUGUUCUGGGUUUAAUUUACGAGGAGUUGAAAAAAUGGUUUGGAAUAACUUUUUUAAAAAGACCAGAGGCAUUUCUGUUAAGCAUUGUUGGCAGGGACAUCCCAAAGGCCUUUAGGGAGGUAUUUUUAUAUGCAACGGCCGCAACUCGGACUUUGGUGGCAAAGGGGUGGAAGGAACAAGAAGCCCCGACAAUAACAGAUUAGCAUAACAAGCUACAAGAAUUUGCUGAAAUGGUUCAGUUGACAAAUAGCCUGAGAGGCAAUUCAAAACCAAAAAUUAUGGAAAAGUGGGAUAGAUAGAAGAUAUACGUUCAAAAAUAUAGUAAAGGUUCCUUAUCUAUGCUAGCAUUCAAUUGACGUUGGAGAGAGACUGGGUUGCGAAAUAAGACCAAGGGUACAUAUUGAUAUAGGAAUGUAUUAGAUAAAAUGUAAAGAAAUAUACAAUAAUAAGAGUACAUUCAUUUGGAAAAAAGGAAUCUGCAACGGGAUAGACAGGAAGUCUAGUGUGUUGGUAUGUAUAUGAUUUUGGGGGGGGGAUGGCUUUUGGUUUCUAUUCUUUGUUCUUUCUUUUUUGUUUCAUUUUCUUUAUAGGUAUAUAAAAUUUGUAUAUAAUUUUUGUAUACAGUGGUACCUCGGGUUACAUACGCUUCAGGUUACAUACGCUUCAGGUUACAGACUCCACUAACCCAGAAAUAUUACCUCGGGUUAAGAACUCAACUCAGGUUGAGAACAGAAAUCGUGCUCCGGCAGCGGGGCAGCAGCAGGAGGCCCCAUUGGCUAAAGUGGUGCUUCAGGUUAAGAUCAGUUUCAGGUUAAGAACGGACCUCCGGAACGAAUUAAGUACUUAACCCGAGGUACCACUGUACAUGUUGGAAAUUAUAUUAUAGUAAGUCCUGUAAUGUAAUAUGACAACCUUUAUCGAUGUAAUAUAAGAAUGUUAACAAAUAAAGAAAAUGCAAAUUCAAAAGAAGAAAGAAAAAGAGCUGUUUGACAGUGGAAUGGACUCCUUCGCAAGGCGGUGGAAUCUCCUUCAUUGGAGGUUUGUAAGAAGUGGUUGGAUGGCCCAUCUGCCAUGGAUGCUUUAGCUGAGAUUUCUGCAUUGCAGGAGGUUGGACAAGAUGACCAACUACAAUUCUGUGAUUCUUUGUAGAUCAUAGCUGUCAACUUACAGAUUUGAAAAUAAGGGACCAGCAGCCUUGAAAAUAAGGGAUCAGCGGGACAAAAUUUUGGGCCUGCAUUACGAAAAACCUUUGACAAUCAUACAAUCAAAAGUGGAAAUCUUUAAAGAUAUACCAAAACAUCUUCUUGACUUAAGACAGGAUUUUGGAGACUUGGUGGCCUUGUUGAGAAAAAAUAAAAUCCUUUUCAGGUGGGAAUUCCCCCAAGGUCUAUCCUUUAGUUUUAAAGGAAGAAAGACCAAGAUUAGAUCAGUGGAGGAAAAGAACAAGUUUUUGAGUGCAUACGAAGAAGAUCUACAGAAAGGAUUGGGAAAAGACACUGCGAUACUGGAUAAGAGUCUGCAAAAAAAAGUGAAACCAACGCCACCGACAGACAUAGACAAUCUUCUUGGGGCUGUUGGAGGAGAAGGAGAGUAACUACAAAAUGACACUACAAGUUUUAAGCUGGAAUAUUAACGGUCUAAAUUCGUCGGCAAAAAGGGGGAGAGUAUUCCAUACAUUGAGAAAAGAACAUUUGGACUUGAUUUGCUUACAAGAGACUCAUGUGACAAGGCUACAUCGGAAAAUUUUGAUAAAUAAAAGAUUGGGAGAAGAAUUCAUUUCAUCGGACAAUGUAAAAAAAGAGGGGUAGUACUUUAUGCGAAGGAAAGCCUGUCACCAAAAUUUAUAUUUAAAGAUGAUCAAGGAAGAUAUAUAGCAAUUGAAAUUCAGUUCCAAGGACAGAAAUUUUUGAUAAUAGGUGUAUAUGCACCAAAUGAGGGAAAAUCAGAAUUCUUUAAGAAAUUGCAUGAAACUCUCCUGGAUUAUUUGGAUUACAACAUUAUUUUGAUGGGAGAUAUGAAUGGAGUAGUGUCUACAAAUAUGGAUAAAGCCCAAAGACAAACAGUGACAAAAGAUGGAAGACUACCAAGGACAUUUUUGAAAUGACUGACAAUAUGGAUCUUGUGGAUAUUUGGCGAAUAAAGAACCCCUUGGAAAGAGAAGGAACCUUCUUCUCUGAAGCAAAUAUGACAUGGACAAGAAUAGACCAAAUCUGGAUAACUAGAGGACUGGCCCCUAAGAUUAAAAAAGCGGUGAUUUGCCCGAAAAUUUGCUCUGAUCACAAUCCAGUAAAGAUUGAAAUGAUAUCAACGCCAAUUGGAGCUUUUAGAUGGAGGAUGAAUGACUCCUUAUUUAGGAAUGAGGAAAUUAUUAAAAAGGCUCAGAAGAAUUUGAGAGACUAUUUUGAGAUAAAUUUGAAUACCACGACAGAAAAAGAGUGAUUUGGGAUGCCAGCAAAGCGGUGAUGAGAGGAUUUUGAUACAACAAAACGCAAUUAGGAAAAGAUAUCAAAAUGAGAAGAGAGAAAAAUUUUGGAGAAAAUUAAGGAUGGAGAAAAAAGACUGAGGGCGAAACCGAACUCACAGGAGAUUCUAAAAGAGAUAAAGCUAUACCAAGUACAAUAUAUGAAAUUGAUGAACCAGGAGAUAGAAUGGAAGGUCAAACAGAUGAAACAAAAGACCUUCGAAUCGGCAAAUAAAUGUGGGAAAUUACUGGCCUGGCAAAUGAAAAAAAGACAAAAGCUGAAUACGAUUACGAACUUGGUAGUAGAAGGGAAGAACAUACAGAAUCCUGGAGAGAUUCGGAAGUGCUUUCAGAACUAUUUUAAACAGUUAUAUACGCAGGAGACUCAGAAAGAAUUAGACAUUGAUCGAUUUUUGAAAAAUAAUGGAUUACAAAAAGUAUCUCAAGAGAGUAAAUCAAUAUUAAAUUCUACAAUAUCUGAUCAAGAGGUGGAAGGAGCCAUUCAGAAUAUGAAAUUGGGCAAAUCUCCAGGACCGGAUGGACUAACUGCAAAGUACUACAAAUCUUUGAAAGAAUGGUUAUUGCAACCGCUGAAAGAACUUUGCAAUGAAAUACUACGGGGAGGAAAAGCACCCGAGUCGUGGAAAGAAGCAUACAUUACACUUAUACCAAAAACCGAAGUGGAGAAGACACAGUUGAAGAACUACCGUCCCAUAUCCCUACUUAAUGUGGAUUACAAAAUUUUUGCGGAAAUUAUGGCUAAAAGAUUAAAAUGUAUUGGUAAAAGAGAUUCAUAAAGAUCAGGCGGGCUUUCUCCUGGGAGACAUCUGUCAGAUAAUACUAGGAAUAUUAUCAAUAUUUUGGAAAAAUUGCAAGUUAAUAUCAAUACUAAAGCUGUCUUAAUAUUUGUAGAUGCAGAGAAAGCGUUUGACAAUAUUUCUUGGAGUUUUAUGAAGAAAAAUUUGCAGGGGAUGGGGGUAGGCCAAAGUUUUGAAAAUGGUAUAGGUGCAAUUUAUUCGGAACAAAAAGCUAAGCUUAUUGUGAACAAUGUAGUUACAGAAGAAUUUAAGAUAGAGAAAGGAACAAGACAGGGUUGCCCAAUCUCCCCAUUGCUUUUUAUAUCGGUCCUGGAGGUUUUGCUCAAUAUGAUUAGAAAAGACCAAUUGGUUAAAGGUAUACAACUCGGAGCUAAACAGUACAAAUUGAAAGCUUUUGCUGAUGAUUUAGUUUUGACAUUACAGGAGCCAGAAGCCAGCACAAAAAGAGUAUUACAAUUAAUCCAAGAAUUUGGUCAAGUAGCAGGUUUCAAAUUAAACAAGACGAAAACUAAGGUAUUAGAGAAAAACCUUACAGAGAUUGAGAAGGAGAGGUUUCAGAAAGAGACAGGAUUAACAAUAGUUAACAAAGUGAAAUAUCUAGGGGUGAAUAUGACUGCUAAAAAUGUGAAUUUGUUUAAAGAUAAUUAUGAAAAAUGUUGGUCAGAAGUGAAGAAGGAUUUAGAAAUAUGGUCAAAAUUGAAGUUAUCAUUGUUGGGCCGAAUUGCUGCGAUAAAGAUGAAUGUAUUGCCUAGAAUGUUGUUUUUGUUUCAAACAUUGCAAAUUGUGGAUAAAAUGGACUGUUUCAAGAGGUGGCAAAGAGAUAUUUCCAAAUUUAUCUGGCAGGGCAAAAAGCCUAGAAUAAAAUUUAAGAUAUUAACAGAUGCGAAGGAAAGAGGGGAUUUGCCCUGCCAGAUCUUAAACUUUACUAUGAAUCAGCCGCUUUUUGCUGGCUGAAAGAUUGGCUACUUCUUGAAAAUGUGGACAUUUUGGAUCUAGAAGGUUUUGAUAACGUGUUUGGAUGGCAUGCAUAUUUAUGGUAUGACAAAGUUAAAGCGCAUAAGGCCUUUAAGAAUCAUAUUGUCAGGAAAGCAUUGUUUAAUGUUUGGGUGAGAUAUAAGGAUUUGUUGGAAAGUAAAACACCAAGGUGGCUGUCACCAAUGGAGGCAAAGGCAUUGAAAAAAACUAAUAUGGAGACAAACUGGCCAAAAUAUUGUGAAAUUUUAGAACAAGUUGGAGAUAAACUAAAACUGCAGAGUUUUGACAAAUUAAAAACUAAAGUCCGAGAUUGGCUUCACUAUUAUCAAAUAAGGGAGGUUUUUAACCUAGAGAAAAGAUUGGUUUCCAGGAGGAAAAAUCUAAACUGGAAACGGAAUUGUUAGAACCUAAAACUAAAAAUCUGUCAAGAAUGUAUAAUCUGCUGUUGAAAUGGAAUACACAGGAUGAAAUGGUUAAGUCUGCUAUGAUUAAAUGGGCACAAGAUGUUGGGCAUAAUAUUAUGUUUGCUGACUGGGAACGGUUAUGGACCACAGGUAUGAAGUUUACGGCUUGCAAUGUAUUAAGAGAAAAUAUAAUGAAAAUGAUUUAUAGGUGGUACUUAACCCCAGUCAAGCUAGCCAAAAUUUAUCAUUUGCCCGAUAAUAAAUGUUGGAAAUGCAAAGAAAAUGAAGGAACCUUUUUCCACCUUUGGUGGACGUGCCCAAAGAUCAAGGCCUUCUGGGAAAUGAUAUAUAAUGAACUAAAAAGGUAUUGAAAUACACUUUUGUGAAGAAACCAGAGGCCUUCCUCUUGGGCAUGGUCGGCCAAUUGGUGCGAAGGGAAGAUAGGAAUUUUUUAUGUAUGCGACAGCAGCGGCAAGAAUACUUAUUGGGAAAUACUGGAAGACACAAGAAUUGCCUACCCGAGAAGAAUGGCAGAGGAAAGUGAUGGACUAUAUGGAACUGGCUGAGAUGACCGGCAGAAUUCGAGAUCAGGAAGAAGGGUUGAUGGAAGAAGACUGGAAAAAAUUUAAAAUAUAUCUUCAGAAACACUGUAAUAUAAAAGAAUGUUAGAAAAAGGUUGGAGAAGAAUAUUAGACCGUAUUGGCAGACAGGGUAUAAUGGAAUAAGUAAAUAUGAAGUGUAAAAUGAGGAUAGAGGAGAAUUAAAUACUUUCGAAUGUUAAAAUAAGUAAAAGAAAAGAAGGUUAGAAGGAUUUGCUGGAGAUACGAUUUAAACUAGAAUACAAAGCAGGGAGGUGAGAGGAAGUCAUGGAAACAAGUAAAAGGGAAAAAGGUUGUAAUGGUCUAAUUUGAUUUUUGUUAUUUUUUACUGUGAUUUUUUGUCUUUCUUAUUUUUUUUUUUAAUUGUCUGUUUUUUGUAAGAUGUGUGUGGUUUGUUUUUUCUAUAUUUUUUGUAACUUUAAAACUGGAAUAAAUAUUCUUUAAAAAAAAAAAUGAAAAUAAGGGAUCAGCAGCCAAAAUAAGGGAUUUCCCAAGCACAGGUAUGUUCAACUUCUGGGCCCCUCCGAGCCAAAGGCAGAAAGCCCAGCCAGCAGCCAAACGAAGUCUCAAGCGGUGGUUCCCACAGCGCAGCAACCCAGCAAAGGGGAUGCAGCAAGGAAAACCACCGUCACCUCUCCGCUGGGAAGCGCUGAGCAAAGGCGAGUCCCCAGGCAAUGCGGCCGAUUUGAUCGGCACAAGGCAUGCAAGCUCCACCCCACGGUCGUUCUUAGACUCCUUAUUGGGUGAGCAAUGCAGCCAAAGCAACACAGUUGGAGCCUCCCUCCUCCCUGGCCAACAGGGAGGAGCUGCUUCCUUUGAAACCCGGGAAAUUUAAGGGACAUUAUCAAUAAGGGACAGCAGUGAGACACAGCGCAGGGAUAAGGGACUUUCCCGCCAAAUAAGGGACGGUUGACAGCUAUGUUGUAGAUGUUCCCUGGCAUGUCUCUCUUAAAAGCUUUUUAGGUAGCAGGAUUAGAGAACAUCCCUUUUAAGGUCCCUAAGAACUGCUGCCAGCCAGUAGACAAUACUCAGAGGCACCAGUGAUGUGACUCAUAUGGCAGCUUCCUAUUUUCUUAAUACACUCUCAGGUUUUCAUAACAUGCUCUCAAUUUACAUUAAUGAAAGGUGUGUUUAAAAAUGGGUUUCAUGGAGCAGAAUAAAUCACCCAAGAACCCAGGAUGCCUUGGUUCAGUGGAAACGCUCAUCAAUUCAGGAAAUAUCUGGUUUCAUUUUUACUAGACCUUUUAAAAAAAACCUGAACCAUCCACACUGUCAUCUUCUAUUUUAAAAAUAACUUAUCCAUGCAGAGCUUUCAAGCUCAGUGUUUUCCAGAGAGGGAGAGGGAGCUUAUUGAGGAAAUUAAAUUAUUUUGACAGUCUAAUGCUAGGAAAAGCUUAUGAAGGGAGGGUUAACUUUAUUUGGGGGUCAUAAGAACUGGCAGGGGAAGAAAGAGAGGAUGGUUUGUUUUUGUUUUAAAUUUUUAUUUGUGAUUUUCAGGUUUAUACGUUUCAAUAAUUUUACAGUCAUUUUAGCAUUUCCAAACUUGACUUCCUUCCCCCUCUUUCUGCGGUCCCUUGAAUUUAUUUUGAAUAACUUCUGCAUAUCCAAAUUAAUUUAAUUUGUUCAUUUAUCCAUCUCCUUUAAAUAUAUACUCUUAUGAAACUGCAGGUUAUUAUAAUAAUCCUGCCAAUAUUCUUAUUUGUUUACAAUUUGUCUGCAAAUAUUCAAUAAACCAUUUCCAUUCUUUUAUAAAAAGUUUGUUAUCUUGAUUUCUUAUUCUUCCGGUAAGUUUCACAAUUUCUGCAUAUUCCGUUAGUUUUUGUAUCCAUUCUUCCUUUGCUGGGACUUCUGCUUCUUUCCAUUUUGGGGCAAGUAACAUUUUUGCAGCUGUAGUAGCAUACAGGAAUAAAUCUCUAUACAAUUUAGGUAGUUCUGUCUCUAUAAUUCCCAAAAGAAAAGCUUCUGGGUUUUUUUCCCCCCAAACGUUAUUUUUCAAUUCAUUAUAUAUCAUUUCCCAGGAAGCUUUAACCUUACUACAAGACCACCACAUGUGAUAAAAAGAACCUUCUUUCUCUUUACAUUUCCAACAAUUAUUUGAUUCAGAUUUAUACAUUUUUGCCACUUUAUUCGGUGUUAGGUACCAUCGAUAUAUAAUUUUUUGUUAGACCAUAACAUGCCGUAAAUUUUAUAUCCAUAUCCCACAAUCGUUCCCCUGCUGCCAUAUCUAUAUUAUGACUGAUAUCUAUUGCCCAGUGUAUCAUUGAGGGUUUUACUUGCACAUCCUUUGUCUCCCAUUCCAAUAAUAUCUUAUACAUUUUAGACAGCGCUUUUACAUUACAUUCCUACUAGUCUCUCUCCAGUUGUGAUAUUUGUUCCCCAAAUUCUCGGAGGAGGAUGGUUUGUUAUGAUUCUGCCAGAGUUGAUCAGUAAGGCCUGAAUCAUAAGUUACCAGGAUACUAGCUUUAUCGAAGGUCACACCCAUAUCACACAUGAAAGAAUCCUGGGAAUCGUUUUGUGAGGGACAAAGUACAUUUCCCAGGAUUUUUGGGGGGAAGCCCAUUUAAGUGUGUGUUGAAUUUGCUUUAAAUAUAUGGUCUGUAUCAGGGGUCAGCAAACUUUUUCAGCAGGGGGCUGGUCCACUGUCCCUCAGACCUUGUGGGGGCCAGACUAUAUUUUGGAAAAAAGAAAGAAAAAAAGAACGAAGUCCUAUGCCCCACAAAUAACCCAGAGAUGCAUUUUUAAUAAAAGGACACAUUCUACUAAUGUAAAAACACGCUGAUUCCCAGACCAUCUGUGGGCUGGAUUUAGAAAGCAAUUGGGCUGGAUCUGGCCCCCGGGCCUUACUUUGCUUACCCAUGGUCUGGAUGGUGUCCCUAAGGAACAACAUUCAUCCUUUCAAGUUACAAGGUAAGGAAGUCUGAGCUGGGUCAUGGGAAGCUGUCGGAGAGGAGCCACCAGUCAGGAACAUUGGACAAAGCUAGCAAUUGGGACAGAAGAGUCCCCAGGAUAAGGUUACCAGACUUCCCCUUUUCCGGGGACAGUCCCCGGAUUCACAGAUCAGUCCCCUAGCAAAAUCCACUGAAUUCGGCUGAAGUUGAAAAGUGUCCCCCGAUUCAUUGAAAAAAAUAUGGUAACCUUAUCCCAGGAGCAAGUUGGAGAACAGGACUGAAGGACAACCAAAGAAUAUAGGAAUGCAGCAGAGCUCAGGAAGACCUUGCCACUCAAGCAAGGCUUAGAUAAAGCAGAAAGUCCUCUGAUAGUCCUUCCUGUCCAGGACGAUCUGGUGACAAGACCGUGGGUGAGGUUAGUCCAUGGCUGGAGGGAACUAGGUAGAUGCCAUGGCUUGCAGUUCAACAGCUCACAACACAAAGCUGCUGUACACAGAUCUGAAUGUUCCCAGUUCAAGUCCUAUACAGUGGUACCUUGGGUUACAUACGUUUCAGGUUACAGACGCUUCAGGUUACAGACUCUGCUAACCCAGAAAUAGUACCUCGGGUUAAGAACUUUGCUUCAGGAUGAGAAGAGAAAUCGUGCAGUGGCAGCACGGCAGCAGUGGGAGGCCCCAUUAGCUAAAGUGGUGCUUCAGGUUAAGAGCAGUUUCAGGUUAAGAACGGACCUCUGGAACGAAUUAAGUACUUAACCCGAGGUACCACUGUAUUGUCCCAAUGAGUACUGCAUGUACAAAAGAACGUGCCAAUCAACAUCUGCUUUGUUUGUGUCUCCGAUGGCUAUGUGAAAGAUCGUAUUCCUUCAUACAAACCUGCACAGGUUUUGAGAUCUUCAGGGAAGGUCCUUCUUAGGCCCUUUUGGUGGGGACAUGGGACAGGGCCUUCCUGGUGGCGGCUCCCAGACUCAGGAACUCCCUUCCUCCCUCCCUUCUCUCUCUUGCUACCCCACCAUCAUCACACUAGUUUUUGGGAGCAUCCUCACCCUGCGCCUGCCUUUGAACCCUUUUGAACCUUGGCAACUAGCCGAUGAAAACAGAGUGCUCACGCCUUACAAUUUUAUUAUACAGCAAGAAUAAGAAAAUAAUCUGAUUUUUGUGUGCGAAUGUUCUCAGGUCCACUGUUGUUCUUAACUAGCGUUUCUGUUUUAAUGCAAUUAAUUACAACUUGUGCAGAUGUGCGAAGGAUGGGUGACUAUUUGGAAAGGUGGUUCUGAAAGGUUGCUGGACUCAAAAGAGAAGCAAGUUUCUGUGGCUGGUGCUUACAAACAGGACUUGGUUUUCAGUACAAAAUCCGAUUAAAGGAAAACAGCAUUUCCACUACGGAAACGCUGAAAGAUGAAGUUGUGAUGUAGGAGGAGAGCCAAGUGAAAACAGCAUUAAGUGAGACUUAAAGGCUAAAGGCUAAACAAGAAAGUGAUAACAGGUAUUUAACAGGUAUUAGCAUCUUAAAAAGUAGAGACAUCACCUUGCCAACAAAGGUCCGUAUAGUUCAAGCUAUGGUUUUCCCAGUAGUGAUGUAUGGCAGUGAGAGCUGGACCAUAAAGAAGGCUGAUUGCCGAAGAAUCGAUGCUUUUGAAUUAUGGUGCUGGAGGAGACUCUUGAGAGUCCCAUGGACUGCAAGAAGAUCAAACCUAUCCAUUCUUGAGGAAAUCAGCCCUGAGUGCUCACUGGAAGGACAGAUCCUGAAGCUGAGGCUCCAAGACUUUGGCCACCUCAUGAGAAGAGAAAACUCCCUGGAAAAGACCCUGAAUUUGGGAAAGAUGGAGGGCACAAGGAGAAGGGGACGACAGAGGACGAGAUGGUUGGACAGUGUUCUCGAAGCUACCAGCAUGAGUUUGACCAAACUGCGGGAGGCAGUGGAAGACAGGAGUGCCUAGCAUGCUCUGGUCCAGGGGGUCACGAAGAGUCGGACAUGACUAAACGACUAAACAACAACAAUGGCAGCAAAGAAGAAGGAGGGAGGAGCAGAGGCUUUUGAAUUUGGCAGUGAGGAGAUUGAUUAUUUUGGUGAGUUUAGGGGGUAUAUAAAUUUUAUGAAACGACAAAUAAAUAAAUAAAUACACAAAUAUAGGACACGAGCCUCUUUCAUAUUUGGGGUUAGCCAAUGGAAUUGAUCAGUAAGAGAUAAAGAAGAGGCAAAAGUAAGGACUAUUUUUUACAUAGCAUGUUUUGUGAAAUCUUCUGCCACAACAAGUGUUGAUGUUCACUAGCUAAAUUGGCUGUACAAGUGGUUUUGAUGAACUUAUUAUGGAGGAGAGGCUAUUAGUCAUAUAGAAUCUCUUGAUCCACAGCAGAAGAGGGCUCUUGACUUCAUGCCCUUAUUCCGGACUUGCCAGAAGGCAUCAGGUUAGCCACUGCACAACAUAGAUGCUGGAGCAUUGGUCUGAUCCAGGUAAAGGGACCCCUGACCAUUAGGUCAAGUCAUGACCGACUCUGGGGUUGCGGAGCUCAUCUCGCUUUAUGGGCCGAGGGAGCCGGCAUACAGCUUCCGGGUCAUGUGGCCAGCAUGACUAAGCCGCUUCUGGCGAACCAGAGCAGUGCACGGAAACGCCGUUUACCUUCCCGCCAGAGUGGUACCUAUUUAUCUACUUGCACUUGACGUGCUUUCGAACUGCUAGGUUGGCAGGAGCAGGGACUGAGCAAUGGGAGCUUACCCCGUUGCGAGGAUUCGAACCGCCGACCUUCUGAUCGGCAAGUCCUAGGCUCUGUGGUUUAACCCACAGCGUCUGAUCCAGGAGGGCCGUUCAUAUGUCAGCUGCAUGCUGCUGUUUUCCCUGAUUUCUCAAUGGAGAUGAGUUGGAUGCUUUGGAACGGCUGCAAGGCAUUUACUGAGCCGUGUGACCAUGUAUGCCUUUCCUUCCAUUGAACACUAGAGGCCAGAGUUGACACACUUAAUCCUUUCUCAUUGAUUUCCACCGGUAACUUACAUAACUCUUAAUUCUCUUGUACACUUUACUGCCGAGGCUUAUCUUGCAAGUCUGGCACUGGGGUCACAUAAAACAUAGCUGGAAGUGCAAGAGCUUGCCAGCAUCUUCGUAUAUACCGUACAUUUCCGUGUAUAAGACUAGGUUUAUUUUACUUUAAAAUAAGGUUGAAAAUCUGGGGGUGUCUUAUACACGGAUAGUGCAUAUGUCAAUUUUCUAAAUUUGGGGUCCCCAAAAGUAAGGGGCGUCUUAUACAUGGGGGCGUCUUGCACACAGAAAAAUACGGUAAUUCAAACAGCCUAUUAUAUAUUCAUUAGGGCCAAUUACAAAUCAGAAAGCAGGGAGUUAGCAUUUGGGUUUCACAUGAAACUUUUUUUAAAAAACAAAAAAGGUAUUGUUAUUUUUACCUUCCGCCCUUCCAAAUGGGAGUUUGCUGGGUGCUUUCCUCAAUUAUAAUAUCAGCUCCUGCAUCAUACUACGGUUUCCAGGAUUCCUUGAUCUUCCCUCCUGUUUGUCAAGGUUAGUUUUGGCUUUCACCUAUGCUGGAGAACUCAUAUCAUGGAAGUUUGGUGCAAUCUAGGCAGCAUCUGAGAGAGAUUCUCAGACUGAGAUGAUGCCUCCUUCCACUAAGCCUAACAAGACUGUAGGACUUGACGGACUGAACUACUUUGGCAAGGAUGCACCAAGUUCCCAGACAAACUGAAGGACAGACAGACACAGUACAUUGCUAUUAAUAAGUUUGUGUCUUUAGACCCUGUUCCGGACAGUGUUGUAAAUAAUACAUGGCUUUGAGGCCACAACUCUGCAAUUUUUGAACAGCCAUUUUGUGAAGUUCCUCCAUCGACCCUUAUAAACAGAAUAUUCAAUAUAUAUUUAUGGGGAAAUGGCCAUUUUGUAACAGAGGGCAAAUUCUAGUCACAAAAUAUAUAAUGGGGGCGGGUGGGCUCAGCUUCUUAGCUAUGAUUUGUUCACGAAGGGAAUCAGCACUCAAUUAUAGGUUAAGGAAGGGAGAUAAUAUAUUUUCCCCAAAUAACUGGAGGGGGGCAUCCCUUUACACCCCCGUUCUUUUCCAGGCACCUCUGCUUUUCUUGCUUUCUCGCAGUCUUUUUCAUUUCCCUAAAUCUGCCGGCUUUCCUUCUUUCUGUUAUUUUUUCCUUCCCUCCUAUUUCUGUUAAUUCUUCCCUCUCUGUCAUAUUCUUUCUUUCAGUUACGGAAUGGUUGGGAAUGGGGAAGUGUUUUGGCUGCUUGUGCAGUAGGGGGGAAAGGCUUAGAAUAAACACGGGAGGUUUAUUUCAGGUGGGAAGGCUGAAAGCAGAACAAACACAAAAGGGUCUCCCCUUUCUCUUAGCUUAAUAAUAAUAAUAAUAAUAAUAAUAAUAAUUUAUUAUUUAUACCCAGUCCAUCUGGCUGGGUUUCCCCAGCCACUCUGGGCGUCUUCCAACAAAACACUAAAAUACAAUAACCUAUUAAACAUUAAAAGCUUCCGUAAUCAGGGCUGCCUUCAAAUGCCUUCUAACAGUUUGGCAGUUAUUUUUCUCUUUGACAUCUGCUGGGAGGGCGUUCCACAGGGCGGGUGCCACUACCAAGAAGACCCUCUGUCUGGUUCCCUGUAACCUCACUUCUCGCAGUGAGGGAACUGCCAGAAGGCCCUUGGCGCUGGACCUCAGUGUCCUGGCAGAACGAUGGAGGUGGAGACGCUCCUUCAGGUAUACUGGGCCGAGGCCGUUUAGGGCUUUAAAGGUCAGCACCAACACUUUGAAUUCUGCUCGGAAACGUACUGGGAGCCAAUGUAGGUCUUUCAAGACCAAUCUUAUAUGGUCUCGGCGGCUGCUCCCAGUCACCAGUCUUGCUGUCGCAUUCUGGAUUAGUUGUAGUUUCCGGGUCACCUUCAAAGGUAGCCCCACGUAGAGUGCAUUGCAGUAGUCCAAGCGGGAGAUAACCAGAGCAUGCACCACUCUGGCGAGACAGUCUGCGGGCAGGUAGGGUCUCAGCCUGCGUACCAGAUGGAGCUGGUAGACAGCUGCCCUGGACACAGAAUUGACCUGCGCCUCCAUGGACAGCUGUGAGUCCAAAAUGACUCCCAGGCUGCGCACCUGGUCCUUCAGGGACACAGUUACCCCAUUCAGGACCAGGGAGUCCUCCACACUAGUCCGCCCCUUGUCCCCCCAAAACAGUACUUUUGUCUUGUCAGGAUUCAACCUCAAUCUGUUAGCUGCCAUCUAUCCUCAAACCACCUCCAGACACUCCAAUGGUCUCUAAUGCACCUGGACGAGCACAGUCAGAAGGGCAGACUUAUAAAUAUGAAAUAUUAUAUGGAGAAAUGUCCUGCAGUUGUGCCCAUGCAAGCAUUUGCUCAGAUUACUUGAUGGAUUAAAACUCCCUGUUCCUUUUAUUCGAUCUCAAGGCUUUUGUUAUCAGUGUGAUACGAGUUUGGACUAUGUCAUAGGAAACACCCCGCCAUUAAAAAACCCCUCUAUAGGCACUUUUACCCUGCAGUCAUAAAGCUUUUUAUUUCCGUGUUUAAGCUAGCUUCUCCUGAGAACGUUGAAAUCUACCGCUAGAGCAGUGCAACCCGUUUGAGAGAAAAGUCUAUGCAAUCUGACGCCUGGCUGAGAGGCAGCAAGGCAGGCAAAAGGAACAAGUUCGUUCACAAAGGCUUCAAGGAGUUGGAAUUGUGGCUUCAGAUCAGCUACCAAACUCAUACUGCGAGUACACCAUCUAUUAGUGCCAUCUUACAGCACUAAACUAACUACAGGUAAGCAAGAUUCUUUUGUAAUGAAAUUACCGGCAGGUGCUAAAAGCUCCUUCAGUGCAGCCGCAGGGCUCUCUUGAAGGCCCACUCAGAAAGAGAUUUGAUUUAAGGGUAACAAUAUUUGCUCAUUUUCUGUGGAACAAGACUACAGGAGGUUUCGCCGUCGAGGGGCCCUUUCUGUCCGGCUCUUUCUGGGGGUUGGAGGGUGGUUGCCACUAGCGGAGAGGCUAGGCUUAUGUGGCUGCAACUCAGCUGAAGGUGGCUUUAGAAACAGGUUCCAUCUAGAUAUUGAUGACAACACAAAUUCAUAGUAGCGGGCAUGUCGUUUCCCAAACAACUGAUUACUCACCAGUUUAGUCAUGGAGACAGUGAGUUAUUUUUGUCUGUAUCACCGUAUAUAUCUUACUCAAGAUCAUCUCCUUAAGGCUGAUGGUGCAAGACUCUAGCACUGCAGAGCUUACUCUCUCCACCCAGUGCCAGAUUUACGUAUAAGCUAAACAAGCUAUAGCUUAGGGCCCCUCUCUCUUGGGGGGCCCAAAAAAAUUUAAAGGGAAAAAAAACCUGGAUGUACAUUUCCAAAAUAUAAGAUAACAAAUAAAAUAAAACCUCCAUACAGCAACAGUGUUUUGUGUUGUGUAGGCUCCUAUGAUGUAAGCAAUGGGCCCCGCCUGCUCCCUAAAAUAUCACUAUCACUAUUAAUAUACUUCUUCUUAAUUGUAUUUCACUAUUAAUAUACUUCUUCCUAAUUCAGUUCAACAAUUACUUUGGUAAAAUACAUAUUUUGUUAUGUGCAAAUGGCUUUAGAUACCUAUUAGGUCCAUAAAUUACCAUAUAGCUUAUAUUCAACACACAAAAACAGUGACGAUUUGUUGUUGACAAAGGACAGCUGGUCAUAUAAAGGGCCCCAUUACCAUCAGUAACUUAGGGCCACAUCAAACCUAAAUCCAGCCCUGUCUCCACCCACAGUUUUUCAUCUGUUGUCAGGGCAAUGACAGCUUUCCUAUCAAUUUCCUAUCAAUUGAGCGCGGGUGGCACUGUGGUCUAAACCACAGAGCCUAGGGCUUGCCGAUCGGAAGGUCAGCAGUUCGAAUCCCCACGACGGAGUGAGCUCCCGUUGUUCAGUCCCUGCUCCUGCCCACUUAGCAGUUCAAAAGCAUGUCAAGUGCAAGUAGAUAAAUAGGUACCGCUCUGGUAGGAAGGUAAACGGCAUUUCUGUGCACUGCUCUGGUUUGCCAGAAGCGGCUUAGUCAUGCUGGCCACAUGACCCGGAAGCUGUCUGUGGACAAACACCGGCUCCCUCGGCCAAUAAAGCGAGAUGAGCGCCUUUGACUGGACUUAACCGUCCAGGGGUCCUUUACCUUUUGCCUUAAUGCAAUUUAUCCCCCCCCCCAUGUUGUUUGCUAGGCAUGCUGGGAAUUGUAGCUCUGUGAGGGGUAACUUACAGCUCCCAUGAUUCUUUGCAAGAAAUAAUAUGUUUUAAAUGUACCGUGUGUACGCGGCGUAACUUUCUCCCCUUGAACAAGGGGAUAAAACAGCAUUGGAUAACAUUGUUAUGCAAGAGAUAAUCCCCACAGGUUUGCUCUCCACAGGAGCACAGCAGAGCUGUGGGAGAGAAGCAGUUCACUCUUGUGUGUUUCUUUCCUCUGCCCAAAGGAAAUUCUGGUCCUUGCCUGAUUCCAGGCAAUUCAGGUGUUACAUUUUGUACCUCUGCGACACAGAAAUAAUUUCUUUUGAAGUAUGCAUUUGGGCAGGUUCCCCAUGUAUGGGGCUCAUUUUCUUGCUCCACACAGGAGCUUCUCCACAGCACUGCUGCAAUGGUUUCCAUGAUAUGGCAUGGGGGACAAGUAGAAGCCAGUAUCACCAACUUUGGAGAGAGGAAAGACAAAUGGGUAGUGUAAAUUCAGAACGGUUGGUGUCAAUUUCUGUUCUUGUUAUGUACUGAAGUUCUCACCCUGGGCCAGCAUGGGGAUACUGUAGAUAGUUCAGUCCACAUAUGCAAAUAAGGGAUCGAAAGUGACGUUCAGUGACUGGAUAGUUACAGAAAGUUGUUACAGUUACGUUGUACUGGAGCUCUAUAUAAGCAGGCUGGCUGAACCCUUCAGUUCGGUUCUGUUCUGGCCUGUGAAUAAACAAGAGCUGUUUGAAGAAUCGCUGUGUCGUCUGAUACGUUCACCCACAAUUUAACAGUUCUCAUCUCUGGAAAUAAUCCAGCUAUUCUCCUAGAACAGAGCUGAGGAAACUUUGGCUCCCCAGAUGUUGCUGAACCACAGCUCUCUGGCCAUUGGCCAUGCUUGCUAAGACUGAUGGCAGCUGGCAUCCCAUAACUUCUGGGGGGCCACUGACUACCUGUUUCUUUUGCCUCUGCAAGUAGCAGUUGUGGGGGGAUUUAAGAAGGGGUGGCAACACCUGGGGCAGAAAUUAAAGUUCUGCUUUCCCAGAGCUAUAUCCCUAAUCCAAAUAACCUCCUUGCUGUUACUGACACUUCUAAACAAACAAGAUAUCAGAAAAGUCUAUUCACAAAUCUCCCAUGUCUUAUCUAGUCCGGCCCUCAAAUGGGCAGAGGUUCAAGCAGCCCAGAAGCUUAUUUUGUUUUUGUUUUUUAUAACCCUGCAAUUACAAAGCCUUUAUUAUAAGUUUUAAGGCCACUUGACAUGGGAGCGGUAUUUAAAGAAGGCCUCUAACCAAGGAGUUUGGUUGGUUGUUGCUCUGGGGGUACCUUUGGUGGCAAAUCCAGGGGUUUGCCUCCAUAUGAUUUGUGAAAUUCCCCUUGCCCAAAUUCCAUGGGCGGUUGUAAACAUGGAUUAAUAAAACCUUGCCGUAGCCGAGAGUCUCAUUAAUGUGCAGCUUCUAGAGUGUGCUAAUCUCCAGGGUCCUCUCCUAUCAUUAAGUAAACAAUGAUGUCAGUGGAAACCAACACCUCCUGACAUUAUGAAGGGUACCUUAAGCCACCACAAAGUAUGAGUCUGCCGGAUUUCUGUGCACAAGAUUAUUCACAGCUGCUAGGGAUUUCAACUCCAUAAUAUUCUUUACAUCACAAUGGUUUUCUUUUCUUUUCUUUUCUAUUCGGUGGGACAUAUUCAUUGCAGAUAAUCCUUCCGUGUAAUGCCAACAAAGGAUUCCAUACCUAAGGUGUACCUUUGGCUGUGAAAAUCCAUAAAAUCAAUACCGUGCUCUAAUUUCCACAAUUCAAAACACAUAUGUAAUUGGGAGACGAGUUACCGAUACGUUUCAAGCCCGUUUCUUUCACUGAUAACAGAAAAAAAUUGUCUAUGUUGGACCACUGCAAUGUUGCUGUGUUUUAGAUAGUUUUGGAAUAUGCAAUAUGUCCAUUACUGAAAUCAAUAAAAAAUGAAGGCUUCAUACACAUGUAAGCUGUUGCUGUUUGCUACUUCUUCCUCUUUUUCCUUGCCAGAGGAUGGAGUCGAAAGAAGGUAUCUUCAGGCGGCAACUGGUAGAUGUUCAUGGUGUUGCCUUGUUCUGGAGCAUCGCUGAGGCAUGGACCCAGGUGGAGAACUUCCAGGCCAAGAAAGAUGAUCUUCUGAUUGCCACCUACCCAAAAUCAGGUGCCUGAGCCUAAGGGCUUCCCUGGAUUUUUAUGUUUAAUGCAUAGAAUGCACAACGGCUGCUUAUCUGUUGCAGGGAAUUGGGACAUCUUCAGGAGUGGGAUUCAGUCUAGUUACACACUGCAAAACGUUGCUUGAAAAAUAUGCACUUCUGCCAGAAAUCCUGGCAGUGUUUGUGAGAUUGCCGCGUCAAAUGAGAAUAUGUGACUGGCAGUUGUCAGACUGCUACAUCUUCGCCCAUGGUACUCGUGAUGACCAUGCAAGGUCGCUUCCAUGCCAUGUUGAGCUGUCUUCUCCCAUUGGAUUAAUCUACAAGAAUCCCUUGAUGGAUGGCAGGUCCUUCUUUUGUGCCAAAGUUAUGUUAAUUGUCAGGGGUUCCAGGGUUUGGGAUAGCAGACCUUAUGGCCUGAGGCUGGAACUGUUAGUGCUCAUGCCAGAACUUUCUUCUGACAUAAAAAAAAGAAUGGCAACAUCAGCUUUCUAUCUGCUGCCCUAAUAAUAAUUUAUUAUUUAUACCCCGCCCAUCUGGCUGAGUUUCCCCAGCCACUCUGGGCAGCUCCCAACCGAGUGUUAAAAACAAUACAGCAUUAAAUAUUAAAAACUUCCCUAAACAGGGCUGCCUUCAGAUGUCUUUUAAAAAUAGGAUAGCUGCUUAUUUCCUUGACAUCUGAUGGGAGGGCAUUCCACAGGGUGGGUGCCACUACCGAGAAGGCCCUCUGCCUGGUUCCCUGUAGCUUUGCUUCCUCGCAAUGAGGGAACCGCCAGAAGGCCCUCGGCGCUGGACCUCAGUGUCCGGGCUGGAUGAUGGGGGUGGAGACACUCCUUCAGGUAUACAGGACUGAGGCCGUUUAGGGCUUUAAAGGUCAGCACCUGCAAAGCAUAGUUACAAACAAAAACAAUGCCCAUCUCCAGAUUAAAAGUCCCUAGAUUGUUUAAUUGAACAAGGGCCUACGAGAAGAGGAAUGUUUUUGCCUGGUGCCUAAAGACUGUCGGAAUGCUGUGAUGAGAUGAUGAGCUGCUUGUGCGUAAAAUCGUAUCCCCUCAGAGUUUGUUCAAGUCCACAAACCUCUGUCUGUGACGGAGCCCCUCAGACAUGGCUCCUCUAGUCACUAGCAGAUUCCGACAGUGGUUGCUUCGUAAUCGCUUCCAACAUAAAAGCUCCUUAACGGAAACACGUCUUCUGGACUCUCUGCGUGACAGUUUCCGGCGAGGAGUGGGUGUUCUUACAGGAGGUCCUGAAACCUCCCCACUGUUUUCGCUGGAAGUGUCUCUGAGCCAUCCCUCCAGCUGGUUCCCUCUUCAGCUGCUGCGUCUCUCCCAACCUGUGUGAGCCCUUUCACCUCCCUGCUGGUUCCCUCUUCAGCUGCUGCGUCUCUCCCAACCUGUGUGAGCCCUUUCACCUCCCUGCUGGUUCCCUCUUCAGCUGCUGCGUCUCUCCCAACCUGUGUGAGCCCUUUCACCUCCCUUCCGUCCGAUGGCAGUUCCCUGACAUCCACCUCCCCUCCAGGGCCCCCUUCACCCCCUCUCGCCCCCUCCUCUACGGGCGGUGAGGAGGCAAAACCCCGGAAUGAACUUCCUUCAUCUUCCGAUGUCUCGAACACUUCUCUCAACCUGUUGCGGUUCCUGGUCUCGAAGUACACCUCCUCCUCAGAGUCCAUCUCCCCUUCCCCUUCCGAGUCCGGGAAUCCUUCCAACUCCUCCCCGUCAGCAGUGGUCCCAAAGUAUUCCCUCCGGAACCUCUCCACAGGCUGAGGUUUCCUUGGGAACCUUUGAUGGAACGUUUCUAUCAAUACCUCGUCAUUGAUAUCUUCGGCCAUUACCCAAGUGUUUUCUGACUCCGGUUCUCCUUCCCACGCUACCAAAUACUCCACCUGAUCCCCCUUCCACCUGGCGUCGAGGAUUUCUGCCACAUGGCUGCUGCAUUCUCUUUCUUCUACGACCGGUCCCCGAGUGGCCAGCCCUUCUCGUCGCCCUUCGUACGGUGACAGUAACGACCUGUGAAAUACUGGGUGCAGUUUCAUGUGGUUGGGUAACCGGAGCCUGAAAGCCACUGGGUUGACCUGUUGAAUGACCUCAAAGGGACCCAACCUCCUGGGUCUUAAUUUCUUACAACCUCCUUUGAAAGGCAACCCGUGUGUUGACAGCCACACCCUAUCUCCCACCCUUAUGGUUUCACCUUCCCUCGGUUCUUGUCUGCCUGCCUCUUGUAUUCUUCCUUCGCCCUUUCUAAGUUGAGUUGGAGCUGACGAUGGAUUGCUUCCAUUUCUUCCACAAAAUGCUCGGCUGCCGGGACGCUCCAUCUCUCCCCAUCUCCCCCUGGGAAAGCCCUGGGAUGACACCCAUAAUUAGCCAAGAAGGGGCUCAUCCCUGUGGACACAUUCUCGGCAUUGUUGUAGGCAAAUUCCGCCAGCGCCAACUUUUCUACCCAGUCAUUCUCUCUGUCAUUGACAUAACACCUCAGGUAUUGCUGGAGGACACCGUUUGCUCUUUCCGCCUGCCCGUUGGUUUCAGGGUGCCGGGCAGUCGAAAAAUUGACCUCCACCUGCAGUAAGCUCAUGAGCUUCCUCCAGAACCUGGAAGUAAAUUGUUUUCCUCGGUCUGAGACCACCCUCAAUGGCACCCCGUGCAACCUAAAAAUGUGUUCUACAAAUAACUUCGCUGUCUCUUCCGCCGUGACUGCAUGCGAGCAAGCUACAAAGUGGCACAUCUUUGUUAGUAGAUCUACCACCACCAUGAUGGCUGUUUUCCCUUUGGACUUCGGCAGAUCAGUCAUAAAAUCUAUCGACACUGCCUCCCAAGGUCGUUCUGGGGUUGGUAAGGGUUCUAAUAGCCCCGCCGGCGCCCGCCUUUCCCCUUUGGCUCUCUGGCAUUGCUCGCACCCUCUUACAUACUCACGUACAUCUUCCCUCACCUUAGGCCACCAAAAUUCCCUGGUGACCAACCACAUGGUUUUGUGUUGUCCAAAAUGCCCCGCCGUAGGGCUGUCGUGCAACUGCUUGAGUACCCUCCCCUUAACUCUCCUUCAGGGAUAUACAGUGCCCCUUUGUAAUACAAAGCUCCAUUUCUUUCCUCGAAACCCCUGGUUCCUCUCCCUCACCCCUAAGACCUCUGAGCUUAUUCUGGGCGUAUUCAUCAUUCUCUGUUUCCUCUACCAGUUCUCUUUGUCCCACCAAUGCCGCCCCACACACCCAGCGGUCCUCUGGAAUGACAUGUCUCUCUUCGGGUGCCCCUCCCCUCCAAAUAUUCUGGUUUGCGUGAGAGAGCGUCCGCCCUAAUGUUCUCUGGGCCUGGCACGUAAUUAAUCUCAAAGUUAAAUUUGGAGAACUCCUGGGCCCAUCUCACUUGCCGUUGGUUGAGCACUCGUGCCGUCCUCCAAUACUCUAAGUUCUUGUGGUCAGUGCACACUUGCACCUUAUGUUGUGCGCCAAUUAGCAGGUGCCUCCAUCUCCGGAACGCCUCAUGAAUGGCUAGUAGUUCUCGGUCAUACACCGUGUAGUUCCUCUCGGAUUUGUUCAGCUUUCGCGAAAAAAGGCACACGGUCUCCACUCUGACCCCUUCUUCCCUGGCUGCAGAAGCACCGCCCCAAUCGCUCUGUCUGAUGCGUCAGUUUCCACUCUCAUCGGUUUUUGUAAAUCCACAUGCAGGAGUUGUUGUUCCGAGGCGAAGGCCCUUUUUAGUUCCUCAAAUGCUCGCUCCGCCUCCUCAGUCCACACGAACUUCUUCUUACUGCUGAGACAGUCCGUAAUGGGCGCCGUCAGGUGGGCAAAGUUUCGGAUGAACUUACGAUAGAAGUUCCCAAAUCCUAGGAACCUCUGCACAUCCUUCUUUGUUUUGGGUGUUUUCCAUUCCAGCACCGCCUGGACCUUGCCGGGAUCCAUGGCCAAUCCCUUGUCAGACAGGCGAUACCCCAGGAAUUCCACCUCCUUGGUAUGAAACUGACACUUCUCCAGUUUCACCCACAGCUGGUUGGCUUGCAGCCUGCUCAACACUUCUCUGACGUCUCUCACAUGCUGCUCCUCAUUCUCAGAAUACACCAACACGUCGUCUAAAAAGGCCACACAAUUCUUGUAAAGCAAAGGCCCCAGGACGUGGUUCAUAAACGAUUGAAAUGUUGCGGAGCCUGCUUGUAGGCCGAAGGGCAUAACCAAAUAUUCAAAUGCCCCUAAAGGGGUGAACAUAGUGGUUUUCCAUUCAUCCCCCUUCCUUAUUCGUACCAGGUUGUACGCCCCCCUUAGGUCCAGCUUUGUGAAAAUCUUUCCCUUCCGCACCCUUGUCAAAAUGUCGUCAAUCCUGGGCAUAGGGAAGGCUACUGGUUCUGACACUGCAUUUAAGGCCCUGAAGUCACACACCAGCCUCGGCUUUUUCGUGUUUUCUUAUCCACAAAAACACUGGGCUGCCCCCACCGCCCUGGACUCUCUGAUGAACCCUCUCUUCAGGUUCUUGUCAAUGAACUCUCUUAACUCCUGCAUCUCUCUGUCUGACAUGGCGUACAGCUUGCCUACAGGGAGCUGUGCUCCAGGGAGUAAAUUGAUUUGACAGUCAAAGGGUCUAUGCGGGGGUAGUUGGUCAGCUUCCCUUUCGCUGAAGACGUCACGGAGAUCUGCAUAUUGUCGUGGUACCUUCACGUUCUCUGUUACUUCAGUCCCUGCUAGGGUGGCUUGGACCCCUGCCAAACCCUUUCCCUCUUUGCAGUGUUCUAAGCAAUGUGCUGAACCAAAAGAAACCACUCUCUGAUGCCAGCCCACCAGCGGAUCAUGUAACGCUAGCCAGCUCAUCCCCAAUAUAAUGGGAGCUCCUCCCAAGGUGGCCACAUUAAAAGCUAUCAGUUCGGUGUGCCUUGCUACCUUCAUUAUCAUUGGGACGGUCUGCAAGCUGACUUCUCCUCCCAACAGCUCCCUGCCAUCGAUCGUGGUCACCUGCAGGGGGCUGCUUAAAGGGAUCGUCUGUAUCUGGUGUUCAGCUGCAAACUCUUUGCUCAUGAAAUUGCAGGAGCUGCCUGAGUCCAACAGCGCCUUUAUCUUUAGAGGGUGUCCGUUUGGCAGCUCUAGCGUCACUUCUAUCACUAGGGCGGGUUUAGGAGGUUCUGGCGUGGGCACUCUCACUGCUCUUUGGCCUGGCUGCUGUGCCCCGACAGUGGCAGCCAGGCGUUGGCUUUUACUUGCUCCGGUAUAUCUUCCUCUCUUCCAUCCACAGCUCCUACCAUCCCUUGCCAUUCUUUCCUCUGGGGGCAGACUCUGGCAAAGUGACCUGGCUGUUGGCAGAGAUAGCAUUUCCGGGCGCCUUUUCCCUCCUUUUUCCCCCUCACUGGGCUUUGAAACUGCGCGCGCGCGCUGUUCCGAUUUCCAUCGGCUCUGCCGGUGGGAAAGUUGGCUCUGGAAUGUCUGGAAUGCGGAACUCCUUCCAACGUUCCCCUUUCCCUUCCCGCCUCUCCAAUGCUCUCGCCUCCUGGCGCGCUCCUAUGGCCAGCGCUGAUUUGGUCAGCUGGUCCAUAGACUCCACCCUGGGCGCCCGGGAAAGUUCGUCUUUCACAGCCGAAGAAAGCCCUUCUUCAAAGAGCAUUUGAAUGGGUUCCGCCGAUAAGUCCCACCCCAAUCUGUGAACAAGCAUGGUGAACUCAGUCCAGUACUCACGGACAGAUCGGCUCCCCUGUUUGCAAGCCAUUAACUGUCUGCGCACCACUCCCUUUUCAAUAUCGCUGGAAAACAUCAGAUCCAUGGCGCGAAAGAACUUCAUUGUGUCCUUUAGGACGUCACUAUUCGCUGCCAUCAGGGGUCUAACCCAGUCUCUCGCGCCCUUUUCAAGAUGCUCAAUCACGAAAGCCACUCGUGAUUCCUCGUCAGGGAAUUCAUCAAACUGCAGAUUGAGGGCAUAUUGCAUUUCUGUCCGAAAGCCAUGAUAGUUUUGGGCUCCCCAAACUUCUGCACCAAUCCUGGUACCUUUCUGGCGAGCUGGGUGGCUUUCCCUUUUGUCUGCAUCCUGAGCCCUCCUCUCCUCAAGCCUCGCCGUCUGCAUCGCUAGCUGGACCUCCAACACCCGGUACCUUUCUUCCAGGCUUGGACCCACUCCAGCUCCUGCUUCUCCGGUUCCGGCUGGGUUGCUCAUGAUGCCUUCUCCUGCACAAGCUGCUUUCAAAGACUGUCGGAAUGCUGUGAUGAGAUGAUGAGCUGCUUGUGCGUAAAAUCGUAUCCCCUCAGAGUUUGUUCAAGUCCACAAACCUCUGUCUGUGACGGAGCCCCUCAGACAUGGCUCCUCUAGUCACUAGCAGAUUCCGACAGUGGUUGCUUUCGUAAUCGCUUCCAACAUAAAAGCUCCUUAACGGAAACACGUCUUCUGGACUCUCUGCGUGACAGUUUCCGGCGAGGAGUGGGUGUUCUUACAGGAGGUCCUGAAACCUCCCCACUGUUUUCGCUGGAAGUGUCUCUGAGCCAUCCCUCCAGCUCAGCUCCUCUCCCCCUGCUGGUUCCCUCUUCAGCUGCUGCGUCUCUCCCAACCUGUGUGAGCCCUUUCACCUCCCUGCUGGUUCCCUCUUCAGCUGCUGCGUCUCUCCCAACCUGUGUGAGCCCUUUCACCUCCCUGCUGGUUCCCUCUUCAGCUGCUGCGUCUCUCCCAACCUGUGUGAGCCCUUUCACCUCCCUUCCGUCCGAUGGCAGUUCCCUGACAGAUAUGUUACAAAGGAGCCAGGCGAGCCUCCCUAGGGAUAGAGCAUUCCAUAAACAGGGGGCUACCUCAGAAAAGGCCUGUACUCAUCUUGCCACGCUCUCACGGAGGAGGCACAUGAAAAAAGGCCACAGAUGUUGAAUGUAGGAGCCAAGUUGGUUCAUAUGGGCGGAAGAGGUCCUUGAGGUAUUGCGGCCGUAAGCCAUUUUAAGGCUUUAUAGGUCAAAUCCAGCGUAUUGAAUUGAGCCUGGAAACUAACUGGCAGCCAGCACAGUAGAAGCAAGAUUGCUGCAUUCUGCUGUAAAGGACUGAGUUUACUAUCUGCAAAUGGGCGUUUAAUGCUCACAACUAUAUGCUCAAACUGUCUUGCCCUGGUGAGCAACCUGACCACUGAAUUCUGUACCAGAAUUUGGACCGUCAUCAGAGGCAGCUCCACAACUUCAGAGGAAUUUCACAGGAAGCUUCAAGCAUAUCUUCACAACUCUAAAGGAUAGAUUUUGUUUGUUGGUUUUUAACGAUAGCUAAGAUUCACAGGAAGUGGAGUUCUGUGUUUAAUUUGAAUUAAAACCAAUUUUUCUGUAUUAAUCAGCUGAUUUUAAGGGACUCCCUUUUAAACUUGUGUGCGGUGUCAGCAAUCUAUACCCAUUUUGCGUGUUCAGACCCAGAGACCUCCCCCUUAAAUAAACACUCAUUUGACUCAAAUUUUAGUUUUGGUUUUUGGCAGAAUUUAGGCCACAACUUUAUUGAUUACAGAAAGUGAGUGGUUGCAUAGGCUCUGGUUCGACUAGCUCCCUGCACCCUUGCAGGUAGCACUGACCCAGAGCUCUAUCAUAGGUCAGUCAAGAGUGAACACCUGAGGUAGGUGGAAAGCCCAGGAACGGACUAUGUCCACUCCCCAGAUGCUCCCCUGGACUCAGACAUGGGCACAACCUCCUCUCGGGGGUUGACUAAACCAAGUUUAGUCCCUGGAUUCCUUUAAUGUAAUACCCUUCACAUAAGGAUGGCGAGAGUGUUCUCCCAUCCCUAUCACCUGAACCAGAGCCUAUCCUCAACCUUACAAGUUGUGACGAUUUGCUACGCGGCAAGCGAAACCCAAAUGGCACCAGCCAAGUGGGGAAAAUUCCUGCCGUGCCCCUGUCCCAACGACAGACGACACACGACGGCAUAGCAAGGUCAAUCGCAAAAUGCCCUAAAUAUAGGGAGAGGUGGGUGGGUGUUCCGAUGCACAAGCCGAAAGAGGAAGUUCUGGGUCACGUGCAUAGGUAUAUAUAGGUCCCUUGGCCCGUUUAGACGGCUCCCUAUUGGCCAGAUUAAACCCAGCAAUGAGGGACCUACCAAUCGGGUGUUGUGGUUGUCCAAUAUACCCACCCACAACCAGGAGGUCAGUCUCCAAGUCUCACUGCAACACGUACCCUCUUUUUGGGAGGACGCGCUUUACAAACCCAGCUGAUACCUUAUGCUAAAAUUUACUCUGUGGGUAAUUUUAUCUAAUUUGCACAUGCAUUUACAUUUUCAGGCACAACCUGGGUCAGUGAGAUUCUGGACAUGAUUUACAACGAUGCAGAUGUGGAAAAGUGUAAACGAGAUGCCAUUUUCAACCGUGUUCCUUUCAUGGAGCUGAUUAUUCCUGACAUUAUUAAUGGUAAAGCCUUUGCUGUAUUACAAAGUACAAAGAAGGUGAUGAAUUCAUCUUCCCUACGUGCCCAGUGUAUGAGUUUUCCCCACACUUUUGGUACUUGAAGCACAACUUUUUGCUUUCCGGUUAAAAAGUGGAAAUGAUGGAAACAAAAAUUAUUGAUCAGCUCCAAAAGCAACGGGCAGAUACAGUUUCAAGCUUUCAAAAAGAGAUAGCUGAGAGUGAUACGAAAUUACUUUAAAAACGUAUAAUCUCCUACUUUAUGGGGAAACGUUAGAUGAAAUUGUAAAGUCAGCACAAAUAAAGUGGGCUCAGGAUUUAGGUCAUAAUAUACAACUUGAAGAUUGGGAAAAGGUGUGGAAGGUGAACCUAAAAUUUACAGAUUGCAUCUUACUGAAAGAGAAUUAUAUGAAAAUGAUGUAUAGAUGGUAUAUAACACCUGAGACAGUGGUCAAAAUGUAUAAAAAGGGAUCAAAAACUUGUUGGAAGUGUAAAGAAAAAGAUGGUACAUUUUAUCAUAUAUGGUGGGAAUGCAAAAAGAUUAGAAAUUAUUGGGAAAUGAUAUAUAAUGAAUUGAAAAAAAGUUUAAAAAGACUUUUGUUAAGAAACCAGAAGCAUUCCUCCUAGGAAUUUUAGACCAAGAUGUAAAAAAAGAAAAUUAGAAAUUAUUUAUGUAAGCAACAGCAGCGGCAAGAAUUAUAUUAGCACAAACAGAAGAAAUACCCACGAAAGAACAGUGGCAAGGGAAACUUAUGGAAUAUGCAGAACUGGCAAAACUAACAGAAAAACUACAUGAAAAGGACAACAAAGACUUUAAAAGAGAAUGGGAACCAUUUACAACAUCUAUGAAGAGGCAACAUAAAGAAAUGGACUCAUUGGCAGGGUUUGAGUAAACAAUCACAACUGUAUACAACAGAAUAUAAGUCUAUAUGUAUUGGGAAAACUUUGGGAAACAAUACGCAGAGUGAAUGAUAUGAAACUAAAGGAAAACAGGAGUAUGAGGAAGUCCAGGGGAGGAGGGUGGAAAUAUGAAAAAUUGUCAAAGAUAUAUUGUUAGAAGAAGUAUACAUGGAAAAAUCAAUUAAAAAUAUUUUUUUUAAAAAAGCAACAGGCAGGUAUCCUUCUUGUAACAGGUGAGCUCUGUGCAGUUACUGGGAUGUUAGAGCCUCUGUCAUUGGUAAAUAACCUGUUUUAGCUGGGCAAGUCUUCAUGGGUAGACCCACAAAUUCACUGACAAAUUCCACCUGUGCAAGAAUUCAGGGGCAUCUCUAGAUCAGGCCAGAAGAAAUUAUUUUUUCAAAUGUUUUCGUCCCCUGCCCACUUUAAUUAUUUUCUCUCUGUUUUCAAGGUGUAGAACAACUUGCUGAGAUACCUCCUCCACGACUAGUUAAGACUCACCUCCCAGUGCAACUUGUCCCCGAGUCCUUUUGGGAAAAUGGUUGCAAGGUAAAAUAAACCUGCCUUUCAUUAGGAUGCACUACAGAUGCUAUUGCUUACUUUUGCCUGACUACGCAUUCUGACUGAACCAUCUCUGAAUUUGCUUCAGCCUUGGAUUUGAUUCUUUGAAGGAUCAAGGAGUCCUGUAUACCUGAAGGAGCGUCUCCACCUCCAUUGUUCAGACCAGACACUGAGUUCCAGUGCCAAGUCUCCUGGUGGUUCCCUCACUGCAAGAAGUGAAACUACAGGGAAACCUGGCAUUUUUGACAGUCACAUCUGCCCUGUGGAAUGCCCUCCCAGCAGGUGUCAAGGAGAUAAAUAACUAUAUAAUUUGAAGGCAGCCCUGUUUCAGGAAGCUUUUUGUUAUUGAGGUUGUUCUUGCUGUGGUUGUUCCUGUAUUUUUGUUGGAAGUCUGCCAGGGUGGCCUGGGCAACCUAGUCAGAUGCGCAGGAUAUAAGAAAUACAUUAUUAGUCCCCUUUUGGCUCUUGACAUAUCUAUCUCCCAUCUCCUGACUUGCUUUUCCAUGGAGUCCACUGCCAUUGGACUGCCAUCUUUAUACAAUUCUCAUAAGAUGUUGCACUUGAGGAACUGAAACAAUUUUUCAUUUGUGGAAAAUUGCGCCAUGGAGGCGCAGAUUGCAGCUAUAACAAAGGUGGCAUUUUUUCAUCUCCGCCAAGCUAAGCAGUUGGCUCCUUACCUCUCUCGCCCUGACCUAGCCACUGUGAUCCACGCGACGGUCACCUCCAGACUGGAUUAUUGUAACUCGCUCUACGUGGGGCUGCCCUUGAGACUAGCCCAGAAACUCCAGCGGGUGCAGAAUGCCGCGGCGAGACUCCUUACAGGGUCUUCGCUGCGAGAUCACAUUCAUCCGGUGCUAUACCAGCUGCACUGGCUCCCGGUGGAGUACAGGAUCAGGUUUAAGGUGCUGGUUUUAACCUUCAAAGCCCUAUAUGGCCUAGGACCCUCGUACCUACGGGACCGCCUCUCCUAGUAUGCCCCACAGAGGAACUUACGGUCUUCAAAUAAAAACAUCUUGAAGGUCCCAGGCCCCAGAGAGAUUAGGCUGGCCUCAACUAGAGCCAGGGCUUUUUCGGCUGCGGCUCCAAUCUGGUGGAAUGCUCUGUCACAAGAGACAAGGGCCCUGCAGGACCUGACAUCUUUCCGCAGGGCCUGCAAGACAGAGCUGUUCCACCAGGCCUUUGGCCAAGGCACAGUCUGACACCCUCCUUUGGCAAUCUUUACAAAACUUUAGUUUAUGGUUGCCAUCAAUUUUGAUUUUAAUUAAUUUUUAUAAUGUUUUUAUAAUGUUGCACUAUUUUAGUGUUGUUAGCCGCCCUGAGCCCGGCUUUGGCUGGGGAGGGCGGGAUAUAAAUAAAAUUUAUUAUUAUUAUUAUUAUUAUUAUUAUUAUUUGAAACAAAAAUAGCUAUACAUCUUGUGAGAUUCCAAUAUUCAUAUCUUUAUUCCAUUUUAUUAUGUAUUUGUGUACUGUUGUCUCAUUAUGUACAUUGUUGACAUCUAAUAAUAUUUCAUAUCCAUUCUUUCCACUCCAAAACUGUUGACUUUUGCUAAACCUACUCAGGAAAGGCUGAAUUUGCAUAUACUGGAACAUGAAUGGGUAGUGGGUUCAAGGUCUAGUUUAUUCUUCAUUUGGUCUAAUGAUUGUAUAUCCUUCCAGUCUUGGAAUGUCUCCAACUUAUCAACCUUCCCAAAUUACCUAGUGGACCUUUCAGAUGGGAUCUUUCAUCAUGUAUCAAAGAGGCAUAUGGCUGUUUGUAUUGGUCCCAUAUUUACCUCACAGAUCUGUCAACUUUUAUAGUCAGGGCACUUCACGCAGGUAUGGAGGGAGCAUUCUUGCCUGCCAAUACAGACAGUGUGCACCUGUAGUGAAAGAGAUAGGGAAUGUUUUUGAAAUUUGGGUAAAAUGUCAUUCCAUAAAAUGCAGCCUUACCUUUUUAUAAGUUAGUAAGUUCAUUAUGAAUUUAUUUAAGAAUGAGGAAUGGGGUGUACAGAUCAUAGAACUUAUUUUUUAAAUUUCAGACUUUCAAGAAAAGGAUCAGUUUUUCAAACGUACAUUUUGCAAAUUUGGACAAAACCACGGUUAACAGAAACACUCAAUGUUCAUUCCCACAGAUGAUCUAUGUGGCCAGGAAUGCCAAGGAUGUAGCUGUCUCUUAUUACCACUUCUACAAGAUGGCAAAGAUGCACCCAGAACCUGGAACCUGGGAUGAGUUUCUCGGGAAAUUUGUGGCGGGGGAAGGUAGAACUUGGAAAGAACAUUUCAUUUCUGAGCACAACCUGUGGACCUUCUCCUGGUCCUUAGUUAGGCAAAAGUUUUGUUCCUCUUAAACAGUCAUGGUGUCCCCCAAAGAAUCCUGGGAUUUGUAGUCUGGUAAGUUGUUGUUGGGAGGGACGCGGGUGGCGCUGUGGGUUAAACCACAGAGCCUAGGGCUUGCCGAUCAGAAGGUCGGCGGUUCAAAUCCCCACGACGAGGUGAGCUCCCGUUGCUCGGUCCCAGCUCCUGCCCACCUAGCAGUUCGAAAGCACGUCAAAGUGCAAGUAGAUAAAUAGGUACCACUCCGGCGGGAAGGUAAACGGCGUUUCCGUGUGCUGCUCUGGUUCGCCAGAAGCGGCUUAGUCAUGCUGGCCACAUGACCCAGAAGCUGUACGCCGGCUCCCUCGGCCAAUAAAGCGAGAUGAGCGCUGCAACCCCAGAGUCGGUCACGACUGGACCUAAUGGUCAGGGGUCCCUUUACCUUUACUUAAAUUGUUGUUGAGGGCCAAAUGGCAGGCUCCUGUGUUAAGGGCAGGUCUGUUCCCAUCGGGUGUAAGACAGGGGUGGAGGUAUAGUGAUUUAGGUUGAAAAUCAGGAAGGUGGUGGCAGACUUUGGGCUCUCAGAGUUAAGCCACACUCUGCGCGAUGCUCAAAUUGGGUACCUCCCCACUUCAUUCCAUAACAUUGUUGUGGUGCCCCCUUCAGCGCAGUGCCCAGUCGCGCUACCCAAAAACCACCUCUGAGGAUGGGGUUAGUAUCUCCUUGCCUACGGACACAUUUUCACUGUAAAUUUCCUUCCUUUCACAUAUGGGAGAGAUGCACAUUUUAAAAGGAAGUGUGUGCUUUGGUCCAAAAAAAAAUCUCUGUUAGGGUCUAAUAGGGUUCCCCUCCUCCUCCAACCAGGGAAUAAAAAUAUCAAAGGCCCCCAUAGAGGAGGGGGAGACUGUUGAACUCCUUAAAGCCUGAAGGAUAGAGUUGCCCUUAAUGUUUGUGGUAAGCAGGACACAAAACAAUAAUGGCCUUUCAACACAACUACUGCUCGAAAGCAGGCAACGGAAGUCCAAAGAUGAACUGCAUAUAACUAGGAAUGUGACUUUGCACAUAUUUGCCAUUCAAAAUACAGUGGUACCUCGGUUUUCGAACAGCAUAGUUCACAAACAGCUUGGAACCUGAACACUGCAAAACCGGAAGUAGGUGUUCCGGUUUUCGAACUUUCUUUUAGAAGCCAAAUGUGCUCAGUUUUGAUUCCCCCUGUGUUUUCUGUUGCGCUGCUAAUUUGCGUCCCCCCCAUUGUAACUCAGCCUUCCGUUUCCAAUUGCAGUGUUCUGAGGUGAUAUUUGAAGCUUAUAUUUGUUGCUUUUGUUUUUGCUAUUUAUUUCGCAUUUUUUGUUUUGAGGCUUUUUCAAUUAAUUUGUUUUUGUGACUGUGUGGAUCCCAGUUCAGCUACUGAUUGAGUGAUUGAUUGAUUGAUUGAUUGUGUGACUGUGGAAAUGGAUAAAAGCCCCCCCUCCAAACAAUGACUAUCAUCAGUGCAGGUAAGGGAAAAAAAUUUAUUUUUAUAAUCUACAAUACUGUUUUAUUUAUUUUAUAGUACAGUACAUUGAUUAUUGCUUUCAUUUUUUGGAUCGAUGGUCUCGUUAGAUAAUAAAAUUCAUGUUAAAUUGCUGUUUUUGGGGUUGUUUUUAAAAGUCUGGAACGGGUUAAUCCGUUUUGCAUUACUUUCUGUGGGAAAGCGCUCCUUGGUUUUGGAACGCUUUGGUUUUGGAGCAGACUUCCGGAACUGAUUAAGUUUGAGAACCAAGGUACCACUGUAUAGUACACUUGGGGUUUAGCAAAUGUGAUAUAUCUGCAAUAGAAAGGUAGCUUCUGUGGUAUGUGCAAAGCUGGAAGAAUUAAGAAAGAAAACAAAUAUUGUGUAGAAAUCCCUCCAUCUCAUGUAGUCAGAGCCCAUGCAGAAGCAAGGUCCACGUGUUCAAUCGGACUUACAGUGGUACCUCAGGUUAAGUACUUAAUUCGUUCCUGUGGUCCGUACUUUACCUGAAACUGUUCUUAACCUGAAGCACCACUUUAGCUAAUGGGGCCUCCCACUGCUGCCGCGCCGCUGGAGCACGAUUUCUGUUCUCAUCCUGAAGCAAAGUUCUUAACCUGAAGCACUAUUUCUGGGUUAGCGGAGUCUGUAACCUGAAGCGUAUGUAACCUGAGGUACCACUGUACUUCUUAGUAGCCUUUGACCAUUGAUGCUUUUUCAUAUUGAUGUUCUGUCUGUAUUCUUUUAAAUUUUUUGUAAUCUGAGUUUUAAAAGAAUUAUUUGCCCAUCUCUCUCUCCCUUUGUAGUGGCAUUUGGAUCCUGGUAUGACCAUGUAAAAGGAUGGUGGGAUAAGAAGAAGACCCACCCUAAUAUUCUGUAUCUCUUCUAUGAAGACAUGAAGGAGGUGUGUGAAACCUCUGAUGCUAAAGGCAUGAUGGUCCCAGACAGCCUGUUUACUCAGCAUUCCUGCUGAUUUCUUUUUAUGGAGAGCAGACAACACAUUUGGCUAUUUAAUGAGCAUUUAUUCUUAUUUGUUUCCUAGGAAUUGAGAUGGUCUUUCAUCAAAAAAAGUGUUAUCCCACACUCCCUAGUGCCUUUUCCAGUCAUUUUUGCUCAUUACCAAAAGUCUGAUCUUUUGGGUUUGUCACGUAAGAACUCACAAUCAGAUAAUAAUGUCAAAACCUGAAUUUGCUGACAGAGCCUAGGACUUGCCGAUCAGAAGGACAGCAGUUCGAAUCCCUGCGACGGGGUGAGCUCCCAUUGCUCGGUCCCUGCUCCUGCCAACCUAGCAGUUUGAAAGCACAUCAAAGUGGAAGUAGAUAAAUAGGUACCACUCCGGUGGGAAGGUAAACGGCGAUUCCGUGCGCUGCUCUGGUUCACCAGAAGCGGCUCAGUCAUGCUGGCCACAUGACCCGGAAGCUGUACGCCGGCUCCCUUGGCCAAUAAAGCGAGAUGAGCGCCGCAACCCCAGAGUCGGCCACGACUGGACUUAAUAGUCAGGGGAAUGAAUCCCACCCCAAAAGACUGACAAUCAGGAAGCAUCUGCUGCCUCUCUUUUUGCAGGACCCCAAGCGUGAAGUAGAGAAGGUGAUUCGGUUUCUGGGAAAGGAGGUGUCGGAAGAAGUGGUGAAUAAAAUUCUUCACCAUACGUCGUUCAAGGAGAUGCAGAAGAACCCCACUUCAAACUAUACCAUGAUGGCAGGUGACCAAAUGGAUCACAGCGUGUCUCCUUUCAUGAGAAAAGGUCAGCUUCCCACAAAUCGUUAAUCGGGACCAGAGAUUUUUUUUAAAAAAACAACAACAGAACAAUAGUUUUAAAAAUUGGCAAUUUAAGAUCCUUACACCUUUUAGAUUACAGUGGUACCUCGGGUUAAGUACUUGAUUCGUUCCGGAGGUCUGUUCUUAAGCUGAAACUGUUCUUAACCUGAAGCACCACUUUAGCUAAUGGGGCCUCCUGCUACCACUGCACAAUUUCUGUUCUCAUCCUGAAGCAAAGUUCUUAACCUGAAGCACUAUUUCUGGGUUAGCAGAGUCUGUAACCUGAAGCGUCUGUAACCUGAGGUACCACUGUAUUUUAAUAUUAUGCUGAGUUUCUUCACGUCACAUUUUCAAGUUCUCAAUAGAUACGAAAGUUAGAAUUCUUGUUCGUAAGAUCUGUAAAUACUUACAUUAAUAAAUGUAAUAGUUUUCCAUGCGUAUACAACACGUGCAUUUUUUUCAAUUUUUUUUUUUUAUUAAUUUCUGCAAUUAAACAUUAUCAUCACACACACAAAAAAUAGAAAAUAAAACAUUUUCACACAAUAUUAAAUCCACAUUUUGGGAUCCCUCGGAUCCCUCCAUUCCCUCCCCGGGUUCUUUUAUAUUAUCUUAAUUUAUACAUGUCAAUAAUUUCCUUAUCUUUAAUUAUCUCCAAAUUUAAACAUUCUCCUUAAUGUUACAAGUGUUUUUAAAAACCUGCUACUGUAUUAACUUCCUUACAAUGCUUUUGUGCAUAUGCAAUCAAUAUUUUCCAUUCUUUUUUUUAUAUUUGUUGUCUUCUUGAUUUCUAAGUCUUCCAGUUAAUUUAGCCAUUUCGGCAUAUUCCAUUAAUUUGAGUUGCCAAUCUUCUUUAGUGGGGGCUCUCUUUCUUUCUUUCUCUCUCUCUUUCUUUCUUUCUUUCUUUCUUUCUUUCUUUCUUUCUUCCUUCCUCCCUCCCUCCCUCCCUCCCUCCCUUCCUUCCUUCCUUCCUUCCUUCCUUCCUUCCUUCCUUCUCCUCCUCCUCCUCCUCCUCCUCCUCCUCCUCCUCCUCCUCCUCCUCCUCCUCCUUCUUCUUCUUCUUCUUCUUCUUCUUCUUCUUCUUCUUCUUCCCCCAUGAAAGGGCUGUCUGUUGUUCCCCAAUGCCAGUUUAUAUUCCCUGAAGUGGGUGAAAUCUUUAAGUAUUGCUUUGCUCCCAAUUCCUUCCCCCUUCCCCCCUUAAAAAAAAAUAGUGAAAUAACCGUGGCUCUUUAAUGUUAGCUAUUAUUAGGUACUUCUACUGAAGAAAAGCAAAUUGUCUCAAGCGCUGGGAAACGGAAUUGUUUGACCCACCCUGCCAGCAAAUGGUUUGUGCCCAUGCUAUCUGGGUCAAAACCUAUGCAACACUUUGAUUUCUAUGGUCUGAAAUGUUCCUAGCUCUGGGCUAGAAUGAGUACAGUGCUGAUGGUUAUCUGCAGAACAGAACAUAGGCCUUAUGAUGGUCACCUAGUGAUUUUUUGGUUUCCUUCUCCACAGGGAUUGCAGGUGACUGGAAAAACCAAUUCACCGUAGCUCAGAACGAGAGAUUUGAUGAGGAUUAUGCGGAGAAAAUGAAGGGAUCUACCUUGCUUUUUCGAACGGAGAUCUAA